AUGUGGGUGGUGGCGGGGAGCCGGCCUCGAUGCUCCCCAGACGAGCCUCCCUUGCAGCCUGCCGUCCAGCGUGACAAGUGGAGCAUGAACCCCCUUGUGGGUCUCCCCGGCAGACAGGGCCCAUUUGUUGUGUGCUCUGCCUUGAAGUCUAGGUUAUGUCAGCGCUGCGGGAGACACCAGAUGCAAUUAUCUGCCAUUCUGCAGGGCUGGCAGCUCAUGCAUAGAGAGGGGAGCGGAAAAGAUGCUCCCGCUGUGCUGUCCCUGCAAUACAAUGCCUCCCUAUGCGCCGUGUUAACAGCUCAUGACCCCCGGGCUUUUCCUGUCACAAGUCUAUUGAGGAAGCUGGCUUAGGUGACAGAGCCCAGGGCUUAAGCUUGAGCCACUUUUCAUUGCCAGGCUUCAACCUGGGAACAGGAGGAGUGGGAUGCUGACACAGAGAUGUACCUGUAUGGCUUGCUGAAGAUGCUCAGCCUGCCAGCCCUCUCUUAGCACCUCUUCCAAGGUCUCUUCGGUUACAUACGGUCAUCAUAUAUAUGUAUAUUUUAAGUGCUCAAAACUACCAAGCUUGGUACAAUUAUGCAAUUGACAAGGCACUGCCUCCAGUAUUACAAUCCAUUGGAGUAGUCUGUACAGAUGUCUCAGAAUUGCAUCUCUGCAGUGGCACCAUUAAUAUAGGGUAAGGAAGGGGGGGGGCAUUUCUCCUUUUGUUUUUCACACCGCCAAUGAUGAUUUCUAUGUCAUUUAUUUAUGAGGACAUUUCUAUCCCACAAUUCCUCCAAGAUGCUCAAGGUGGGGUACACAGCUCUCCCCCUCCCUGUUGUAUCCUCACCACAACCCUGGAAGGUUGUUUAUUUAUUAAAUGCCUAUACUGUUCUUUAUCCAAGGAUCACGGGGCGGUUGCGGCAGAGCAGUGGUGACUGGCCCAAAGUCACCUAGGGGGCUUCAUGGUUAAGUGUGUGGUGGGUAGGUGGGAUUUGAACUCUGGGUCAGUGCUCUAACUGGAUGAUUCCAUGCCCACCCCCACCUAUAUCCAUGGCCAACUCACGAGUUCUAUUCACAGAAUGUCUUGUUAUGAACAAUGCAAUGAAUGAGCCCACCUACACAAUCUAUCGUAAUGCCUCCUAAGGCAUUGCUUGUUUAUUUAACACCAUCCAAAUGCUUAGCAAAGUCCGGAAAGAAAAGGACCCCUGCCCUGAAGAACUUACAAUCUAAAAUUCAAUAUAGAGGAGACAAGAGAGGCAAAGGAUAUAAUAGAAAACAGGGAGAAGAGAAUGUGCAUGUAUUUCAGUUGCAAGGUUUUAUUCCAUAGUGGCCUAUAAGCUUUGAAGGUGGGAGAAGAAAUGAACACAAAGACCCUCCAGGGGUCUUUUUUUAUUGUGUAGUUGUGGUGAUUUGUCGCUCGUGACAGUAUCAGGGCAGUUCCAUGGAAUCCCGCUUUCCAGAACUGUUUGUGCCUGCAAAGGUUCUGGGGCGGACAAAUGCUCUGUUGACCAAUGAGCGCACACUGAAUUCCUGUAACUUUUUAUAUUACAAAUAUUUGGAUGCUAUCCCACUUUUGUCCCACUGCAGGGCAAGAGACACUGAUGCAAUGACAGUGCAGGAGCAACUCAUGAAGGGAAAUGAUGUGUGGACAGUCCAGGAUAAAUCCACCACUGAUGCACAAAUAUUGUUUUAGUGGCACGAUGCAGGAUUCAACCCUGCAAACAGCAGCAACAACAACGCCAGUCAGGAGGGACCCUUUGAAAGUCCUGACUACACUGUGUUGCUGUUUCUAAUACAUUUUUUUUAAAUAGUUCCUCUGUAAUAUUGCAGAACAUGCAAUCCUCUGUUCUGAUCCUCGCUUUGAACUAAUUGUGUCGAUGAUACUGCCACGGAGCUUAUUGGACUCCACUGUGCCUGUUUGCUAAUGGAGUGACAAGUUGUGGCUGUUGUUGCUGUGACUCAUCUAAAGCAUCUGUUCUUCAUAUGCUGGGAGAGUGUGGAAUCAUAAAAACACUUUGGCAAGAACUUUAUUAGAUAUGUUAAUGGCAUCUUAAGAAUCAUUAGUUUCGUCAAGCUCUUGAGCAUCUUCCAGUUGAAUGAAGCCUGACUGAACUACAGUAACUGGAUGCAGAUAACUUUUUGAGUGCUUGGGGAAGGGCUCACAUUCUAGAUAUGCAUGCUAAAGGAAAAGAUUUGUCUAUCUUCCACCUACUGCAAGGUAACUGACCUGUGUCAAUGUUGUCACUAUGGUUGCUGCUAGAAAUUAGUUGCAAAAAGGCUUUUAAAAUAUACAUAUUUUUUAAACAGUUUAUCAUGUUUUUUUAGGAGUGUGCUGGAUUUCUUUUUGAUUCAUAGCUUCUAGCAGCCUUCCUCAACCUAGUGUCCUUCAGGUGACUUGGACUACAAUUCUCAUCAGUUCUUGCCAGCAUGAUGUGUAGAUGUGUAUUCUGCUUUGCUAGUUACCUUGAGUGAGCUGGUCAGAGAAUGAUAGGGGGAAAUACUAAUAAAAAUUUGGACACAGUCUUCUCACCCUACCCUACCAAUCUUAGUCUCUCUCUCUCUCUCUCUCUCUCUCUCUCUCUCUCUCUCCACACCCACCCACACCCACGUGAGCCUCUGAACUGUGCUGCAGAUCUGGUUCCCAGCAAGUACCAGUAAUCUAUGGAGUAAUCUAUGGGGAAAUGUUUGUAAGCAGUUUUCUGCGUGGGGCUGUGUGGAAUCACAUUGCUAAGAGUUAGAGCAGCUUAUUUCUUGUAUUUCUUACCUACUCUCCCCCUUCAGGUCCCAGAGCAGGUGACAUAAAACAAAAUCCAAUAAUGAAAUAAUGAAUAUUCAACAAACCAUAAAAUGACAGCAAUCAAAGCAUAAAACAAAUACAAGUAAUAACACCAUUUACAGGGAGGGCGACCAAAGACUUAUGGUGCAAGUCCAAAAAACUCUAUAGGGAGUGAGUUUCACAGCUUUGGGGCUGCCACAAAGAAGGCCCCGUAGGCAUGGGGAGUUGCUAUUGGAGAGACAGGAUUCAAAAGUCCUGCUGCACACCUCAGCAUGCAGUAUUCAUCACAAAAACCUUUAGAACAGGGCAAUCUGGGAUUGGGGAGGUAUAAUUCCUGGUGUUUACAGGGUGUGGCACAUGAGUGUCGUGGCUUAUGUAGCUAAAGCAGCAGCAUCUAGGCACAAAGGGGAAGUAUUGGAAGGCUUGGGAGAAUCCCAAUGUUUGCAGAAGCCUAAUCAGCCUAAUCAGGACUGAGCAUGCUCAGUGGCCAUAGAAUGUGGGAGGGGGCAUUAUUGGUUUGUUUUUGUUUUAUUGUGUAUUAUGUAUUUUGUGUUCUUGUUUUGCAUUGUUAUGUUUUUAACUGCCCUGUGAUUUUCAGAUAAAGGGCAGCUUAUAAAUUCAUAAUAGAAUAAUAGAACGUUGACUGAUUGUGGAGGGGGAAAUGGAUAACCAGGAGCAGGGGAUGGAGGGGAGCGGCUGGCAUCCUGAACAGGGAGCACGCCUGUAAUCCACUACUCCACCAUGUGGAAUUUGUGAGAGAGGGCCAUAGAGCAUCUGAGUUGCAUCCCCUGUGUCUCCAGGUAGAGCUGGGAUAGAGUUCCUGCCUAAAACCCUGGAGAGCUUCUGCCUGUUAGUGCAGACAAUAUUGGGCCAGCUGGAACAAUGGUCUGACUCUGGAUGUGGAUGGCACUGAGGUCUAAACCACUGAGCCCCAGGCUUGCUGAUCAGAAGGUUGGCAGUUCGAAUCCCCGCGACGGAGUUAGUUCCUGUUGCUCUGUCCCAGCUCCUGCCAACCUAGCAGUUCGAAAGCAUACCAGGGUGAGUAGAUAAAUAGGUACCGCUGUAGCGGGAAGGUAAACAGCGUUUCUCUGCGCUCUAGUUUCCGUCACAGUGUUCCGUUGCACCAGAAGCGGUUUAGUCAUGCUGGUCACAUGACCCGGAAAGCUGUCUGUGGACAAACGUCGGCUCCCUCGGCCUGAAAGUGAGAUGAGUGCUGCACCCGAUAGCUGCUUUUGACUGGACUUAACCAUCCAGGGGUCCUUUACCUUUUACCUUUACCUGACUCUGGAUAAGGCAGCUUCCUAUAUGUUCCUAGAAUCUUCUAACUCAAAAAGUCCUCUGUGCAGAGUUAAGGCAGCUCGCUACCUGUUGACACUUGCGGGCACCAUUAUAACUGUUGUGCAACCACAGCGCAUUGCCGAGGGCGCAGAGUUCUGCUAAUGCAGUGGCCGCUCUGGCUGGAUGUCCCGUGGUGCUUUGUUAUAGCUGAGAGGAGCGCACACUCUGGUUAUAAAUAGCCACAGCUGCACCUCGCCAUUUUUCAGCUGCAGGAGAAAAUAUGAAAUGUGUAUAAAUAAAAGCACAAAGAGAGCAAAGACAUAUGGGCAGGGAGUAAUGGCUUGACUUCUUAUUCCUCAGAAACUCUUUUCCAGGAGGGGACCAUUCCAUCACAGUCAUGCCAUCUCUCCCUGCUUUCUCUCUCUCUCCCUCUCACUACAGCUAUUGUCGGGGACUGUCAGAGAAAGGGGGAGGUUCAAGCUAGGAAAGAGGGCACCAGCAAAGAGAAACAAUUGUCCAUAACACAGUUCCAAGUGUAGAAACAUGAGAAUCUGUCUUAGACCAAGCUGAGGCAUUGGUUUAUAUUGGGAUAUGCUCUGACUGACUGCAGUUUCCCAGGGUUUCAGGCAGGGGUUCUUCCUAGAUCUACCACAGAAUGCUACCAUUUUAACCAUUUCUCUCCAUUUCUCACCCCCCACAAUCUUAAGUUCAGUUCUACACAUUUCGACACCCGUAUGUGAUUUUAUUCUAAAUUCCUCAUUCAAAAUCCACUAGCAAACUUCUCCUAAUAAAAGCAUUCAUCCGCAAUUUUGCCAAAAAUACUCAUUUUUGCAAAAACAUUCCCCCCAAUAAUGCAUUUUAAUGCUACUUUCACUGAUAUAUGUGUUUUAAUGCACACUUUACCCUAGUAUAUGCAUUUUUUGUACACUCAACUGGGGAACUGCAUUGCAAAAUUCGGAGAAGUGCAAAUUUUGAAGGAUGACUGUGUUUCAGCUUGUGUACUGUUCUAGAAAGUACGAAUGAGUGUCAGCGAUGGGCAGGAGCUGGAGAAGUGGGGGGAUGCAUGGGCCAAGGAGGCAGUUGGGGAGGAGGAUGAUCCAGGGGGAGGAGCCAGUGAUUUCUGGGGUUCUGUGCUAUCCACGAGCAGCUGCAGGUGGUGGUGGAAGAGGGGAGUUGAGAGGAGGCACAGGUCCACGGUCUGAGACGGGGCACAGGUCCACGGUCCUAGGUUGCCUAGACAGCUAGGUCAGGGGCUGAUCUACUAUGAAACUAAUGAAGCUCAAGUUUCAGAGCCCCUAAUCCUGGAAGGACCCCAGAAACAACUUUAGUCCACAUUGCUUAAAUAAAAUGGGUUUAGUAGACGCAAUUUGAGUUGCACAACUCAAAUUGAUUUUUUGGUUGCAUGUAUUUCAACUAUCUCACAGAUUGAGAGUUAGUAGCACAUAUGUUGUAAAGGUUGUUGUAAACAACCCCAUUGAAGAAUAUAACAGUGGCUACCCAGACCUCAUUGGGGCCCCAUAAUAGUACAGUGGUACCUCGGGUUAAGAACUUAAUUUGUUCUGGAGGUCCGUUCUUAACCUGAAACUGUUCUUAACCUGAGGUACCACUUUAGCCAAUGGGGCCUCCUGCCUCCUGCCACUUUAGCCAAUGGGGCCAAUGGAGCACGAUUUCUGUUCUCAUCCUGAAGCAAAGUUCUUAUCCCGAGGUACUACUUCUGGGUUAGUGAAGUCUGUAACCUGAAGCGUCUGUAACCCAAGGUACCACUGUACAACCCUUCAGGGCUCCAGUUAAUUGUUCUCGCUGGUCUGGGUGUGUUUGGGACAAGGAGGGAGGUUUGCCUUUAGCCGUGAACUGUAUUUAAUUUCUACCCCUUUCCUAACCCUCAUACAGCCCCCACCCUGCUCCAGGAAGAGAAGGGUAGCUGGCAAUCGCAAGGCAAGCAAAGCCACUAGGCAGAGAGCACUUGGUGUGUGUGUGUGUGUGUGUGUGUGUGUGUGUGCUUUAAGACAAAGUGACAAAUAGCAUGCGAGUUAAGUCUGAAGAUGGAGUACUCCAUUUGGUGGUGAAUGGCAAGGCUCCUUAUGGUGAUUGUAAAACAUUGCUACAGUCCUGUAAAUUUCCUCCGUCUCUUGCUGAGUAUCCAUAAGCAACAACCCUGCCCUGAAGAGCUUACAGACGAAAGAUGUAUUUCAAGGCAAAUCGCUCACGAGAUUCUAGCAAUGUUUUUUGCAGAAGUUUGUGCAGGCCGCGGAAAAGCAUGCCGCAGGGACCCAGUUCUCUCCUCUGGUCUGAGCCUCUGGAGUCGGGAAGCUGCAAUUAAUACCAAUAGAUGGCUAACAGGGACAGAGGGAGCUAUAUUAUGCCAAAACAGAGGAUUAGUCCAUUGGUGUUAUACCACUGAGCCACAGCGCGUUGCCUUCCACUUUCCCCAGCACACGGCCUCACCUUCCAUUCCAAUGCAUCCCUGUCCAUAUGGCUGUGAACAGCCCAGAGCCACCCCCUUUUUAAAUUCCCCUGGUGCUUUCAGGUGCGAGUUUAAUACUGCAAGGGAGCCAUUGAGUUGUGGCAAAUCAGUAAUUGGCAACAGACUUCUUUCUUAUUGGAUUUUCCCCGGAUUAAAUGGGGGUGGGGAAAUAUGGGGUGGCAUUUUGAUGUGUGAAAAACUUGCGUGCAUUAGAAGCACCAGUCCCACAUCCACACUAUAUAUUUAAAGCAGGCAUAGGCAAACUCGGUCCUCCAGAUGUUUUGAGACUACAACUCCCAUCAUCCCUAGCUAACAGGACCAGUGGUCAGGGAUGAUGGGAGUUGUAGUCCCAAAACAUCUGGAGUUUGCCUAUGCCUGAUUUAAAGUGUGUUUAAACUAUGCAGUCCCCCCCCCCCCGGAUCCUGGGAACUCUUGUUUGUUAAGGCAGCUGGGAACUGUAGCUCUGUGACGGCAAAACUACAGUUUCCAGGAUUCUUUGGGGAGGGGGAGCCAUGCACUUUAAAUGUGCAUCAGGUGUGCUUUAAAUGCAUGGUAUGGGUGUGACUUGUGUCUGUUCCACCAUAGCUAUAUAUUUUAUUGUAGAAACUUGGGCCAUAACUACCUGAGAGUAGAACCCUGCUCAUAGGAGAGUCUCCUGCUGGCUAGGCUGGUCCAAUGCCAAAGAGGGCAGGCUCCUGCAACUUUAAUCAUUGUAUAGAAGCUGCAGGAGGUGGAAGGAAUUCACACGAAUCACCUGCCUUUUUCCACCUGUGCGCGUCUGUGAGAUGCAUCGGAUGAAGUGGGCUCUAUUCAACGAAAGCUUAGACUAAAACAGUUAGUGCUUAAGUUGCUGUAGUAUUCUUGGUUGGUUUCAUCAGGUGAUUGGUUCACCAUAUCAGAAGUGACCCUCCACAUGUGCAUUGUUCCACUUAGCUGCCUUUAUGGGGGACAGAGUGUUCUAUGCUCUUGAUUUGUGGGAGCUUGCGAUAAUCCACUUCCAGAACUCCUGCUCCUCCCUCCCCAUUCAGAGACUCCCUCCCAAAGAAAUAAAGUAUGCAAAACUCAUAUUCCCAUACAUAAUACCACAACUUUUAGCAGUGUACUUCUGAAAAACACAUUCCUGUUAAGUGACCCACAAGCUUUGGAACUGGUCUGUGGUUUCCUGGAGGAUUGGUAAAAGGAAGAAAGCUCUGCCAUUCUCCCGCAAAGAUAUGCACCCGCAUUGUUCAGCCUGGACACUGAGGUCCAACUCCGAGCGCCUUCUGGUAGUUCCCUCACUGCGAGAAGUGAGGUUACAGGGAACCAGGCAGAGGGACUUCUCGGUAGUGGCACCCACCCUGUGGAACGCCCUCCCAUCAGAUGUCAAGGAAAUAAACAACUAUCUGACUUUUAGAAGACAUCUGAAGGGCAGCAGCCCUGUUUUGGGCAGUUUUUAAUGAUUGAUGCUUUAUCGUGUUUUUAAUAUUCUGUUGGGAGCCACCCAGAGUGGCUGGGGAAACCCAGCCAGAUGGACAGGGUAUAAAUAAUAAUGAAAUAAAUUGUUGUUGCUUCUGUUGCUGUUGCUGUUGCUGUUGUUGUUGUUGUGCUUUGCUCCUCUUGCCAGUCUCAAUUUGUGAGCCAAUUUCUCUUGUAUCAGGUGUUUGUGUUUGAAGCCCUUCCCUCCGAACCCCUGUCCUAACCUCUCCCUUCUCUGCCCUGCAGACGGGAUCCACAGUGUGACAGCCCAGUGCGUCCUGCGCGUCAUUGUCAUCACCGAGGACAUGCUGGCCAACAGCAUCACGGUGCGCCUGGAGAACAUGUGGCAGGAGCGCUUCCUCUCUCCCCUCCUGGCCAAUUUCCUGGAGGGCGUGGCCACUGUCCUGGCCACCCCAAAGGAGGACGUCUUCAUCUUCAACAUCCAGAACGACACGGACGUCGGCGGGCAGGUGCUGAAUGUCAGCUUCUCCGCCAUGGCGCCCCGCAGCGGCCAUUUCUUCAGCUCGGAGGAGCUCCAGGAACAGCUGUACAUGAAGCGCAUGACUCUGACCGCGGUCUCCAUGCUGGAGGUGCUCCCCUUCGACGACAACGUCUGCCUCCGCGAGCCCUGCCAGAACUACAUGAAGUGCAUCUCGGUGCUCAAGUUUGACAGCUCGGCUCCCUUCAUCGCCUCCGUCUCCACCCUCUUCCGGCCCAUCCACCCCAUCACGGGCCUGCGCUGCCGCUGCCCCCAGGGCUUCACCGGAGACUACUGCGAGAUGGAGAUCAACCUCUGCUACUCCAACCCCUGCCGCAACGGAGGGGUCUGCACCCGCAAGGAGGGCGGCUAUACCUGCAUCUGCCACCAGCACUUCACAGGUAAGGCCAUGGUCGAACCUCAGCGAAAGAGGAGGCUUGCUGUGGGGUGGGGGCAGUGUUUUCCCAAAUGAAAUUCUGCUCUCAGGGGCUUCCAUAUGCCUACUUAGGACCAGGCGGAGUCCUUGUGCCAAAGGGAUCCACAUUCUGCACUGAGGAUACUAGACAUGCUUUAUUUGUGUGGGUUCAUGUUUCUCAUCACACUGAUUUUAAAAAUAAUAAUAAUUAAGGCUCAAUAUAGGCACUACCCGUAAACAUGUAUGCUGGAGGGAGAUUGGACUCUAAUCUGCCUCCUGGAAUAUUCUUACAAUAGAACAUGCUUGUGGCCGCUGAGACCAUAUAUCACGGGUCCUGAAAGACCUACAUUGGCUCCCAGUAUAUUUCCGAGCACAAUUCAAAGUCCUAAAUGGCCUCAGCCCAGUAUACCUGAAGGAGCGUCUCCAUCCCCAUCAUUCUGCCCGGACACUGAGGUCCAGUGACAAGGGCCUUCUGAUCGUUCCCUCACUGUAAGGUUACAGGGAACCAGGCAGAGGGCCUUCUCAGUAGUGGCGCCAACCCUGUAGAACGCCCUCCCAUCAGAUGUCAAGGAAACAAACAACUAUGUGACUUUUAGAAGACAUCUGAAGGGCGGUAGCCCUGUUUUGGGAAGUUUUUAAUGUUUGAUGUUUUAUCAUGUUUUUAAUAUUCUGUUGGGAGCUGCCCAGAGUGGCUGGGGAAAUCCAGCCAGAUGGCAGGGUAUAGAUAAAUUAUCAUCAUCAUCAUCAUCACCUUGCCUAUUACUGUAUUUUUCACUCUAUAAGACGCACCAGACCACAAGACGCACCUAGUUUUUGGAGGAGGAAAACAAGAAAAAAUAUAUUCUGAAUCUCAGAAGCCAGAACAGCAAGAGGUGAAAGCAGCAAUCCCUCUUGCUGUUCUGGCUUCUGGGAUAGCUGCGCAGCCUGCUUUCGCUCCAUAAGACGCACACACAUUUCCACUUACUUUUUAGGAGGGAAAAACUGAGUCUUAUAGAGCAAAAAAUAUGGUACUUUUUUUAAUAGCCAUUUUUUAAAAUGCACAUUUAAAACACACCGCUUGCUCUCAAGAAUCUUGGGAACUGUAGUUUACCCCUCAAAGAGCUACCAUUCCCAGCACCUUUAACUACCAACACCAAGGAUUCUUGGUGCUUUAAGUGCAUGGUUUGUGCACAACCUCUGUUACGGGGGCUUUAAGUUACAACAACUGUGACUAGAAGAAAAACUUUCCCUCAAUCACCUUCUCGCAAGAUAUUGGAUUAUUGGUCUGCAAGCCUGACUAACCAACCAAAGCUUAUACCAAAGCUGCUUCCAAACGGGAGGCUCUGAGCGCUAAUAAAUCACUGCUUUUCCACUGUAAGCUAUAAGUGGAAUUGCAAUUGACUUUCUACACUACUGGGGAUAUUGCACUUUUUCUGCCUGUUCAUGGGCACGACACAGUGGCUGUGGAAGGGGGAGGGAAGAUCCAGCCCACCUGAGCAGCCAUUUGGAAGUGGGCAAGGCAGAAUGCAAGGAAUCCUUUUUUUAAAAGGGGUGUGUGUGUGUGUGUGUGUGUGUGUGUGCACGCGCACACACGCCUAGCACUUAUUAAUUUAAGCAUGAUUCCCCAUUGCUACCCAUGAAAUGCCCAUAAACAAAAGUAGAUAAUGUUGGUUUGUGACUGGAAGCAUUUAAUUGGUGAGGGUGGAAUAAUGUUGCUAAAAUGACAGUGACUGAAAAGUGUGUGUCCCCCUUUAUUAGCAUUAUUUUGCUAUAAAUCUCUAACGUUAUUUUACGUAAGUGUUAUUUAACUAACAUUUCAUUUUUAAAAUAAGAAUUGUUGAUUGGAAGAGUUUAAUCAGGAGGAAGAACCCAUGAUGAACAGGUCCUCCCCAUUUAUUCUUUUAGAAAGUUAGCAUUGUAAACCUUUCCUUUAAGCAAUAUUGUGCUAAUGUUUUAUUUAUCUUUUUUUUAAAAAAUGCUGCUCACUCAAGAGUUUUAAGGCUAACUGGAAGACUGAUGGUCUGCAGGGCCACAGGUCCCACAUCCCUAUUGUAAGGGCUGGAGUUGUGGGAUCCAGUUCCCUGCCCGCCUGUCAAAACUGGCACUGCUGGGGUGGGGAGAUAAAUAUCUGGUCUGCAGGCUAGAAAUGAUUCCCCAUUCUUGCUUUAGAGCUUUGGGUUUACUAUAAUGUAAGCACUCGUCUGCCAGCAGGUGGAGAGUAGCAGGGAGCCAGCUGGGAGGAGAGGAAAAUGUGAUGGUGAUCGGCAGGUACUUUCCAUUCCAUAGUCAGGCUACAUGGCCAGCAGCAAUGGAGAAGAUUUUCAAGCAGACCUAGUUACUUACUAGCAGGGUUCCAGCUUAAGGCUCAACAGGCAGGCUAUCUUGCAAAAGAAGGUAGUGAGAGAAUUGCAGAGAUGGACAGGCUGUGAGUUAUAAAUCUUUACAACCACACUUUCCUCCAGGGAAAUCGUUCAUGCCAGUCUGCUCAAGACUGAAAAGUGCAGGCUCUAGGAUGGCAGCAGAAGGGGCAGAGACUGUUGUGUGUUACAAAAAGAGCUUAGUUCACCAAAUUAUAAAUACAGGCAUCAGGGUUGUGUUUCCAGAGUCUGUUUGUCAUCAAAGAUGAGAAUAAUAGAACUGUAGAGUCAGAAGGGACUACAAGGUUCAUCUAGUCCAACCUCCUGCAAUGCAGGAAUCUUUUGCCCAACGUGAGGCUAGUAUUAUGACCCUGGGAUUAUGUGUUUCAUGCCCUACCAACUGAGCUAUCCCAUAGAUGAGAGGUUGUUCUCAGGGCUGCAGGAAUAACUGAGGUUGAAGUGUUGAUUUCUCCAGCAGAUGUCUAGAGUUUGGAAGUAAAAUAUACUUGAAGAAAUGUCAUCAAAUAUCUGUGUACUUGUUCCUGGGAAACCUGCUUAGUAUUCCAAUGUGUUACUUAAUGCUGUCCUAAGAAAAAGGUUGCUUUAGGCAUAGACACAGAGCUGUAAUAUUUAUUUAUUUAUUUAUUUACUUACUUAUUUAUACCCUGCCCAAAUGGCUGGGUUUCUCCAGCCACUCUGGGCGGCUUCCAACAAAAUAUUAAAAACACAAUAAAACAUAAAUCAUUUAAAACUUCCCAAAACAGGCCUGCCUUCAGAUGUCUUCUAAAAGUCAGGUAGUUGUUUAUUUCCUUGACAUCUGAUGGGAGGGCGUUCCACAGGACGGGCGCCACUACCAAGAAGACCCUCUGCCUUGUUCCCUGUAACCUCACUUCUCACAAUGAAGGAACCACCAGAAGACCCUCGGAGCUGGACCUCAGUGUCCGGGCUGAACAAUGGUGGUGGAGAUGCUCCUUCAGGUAUACUGGGCUGAGGCCGUUUAGGGCUUUAAAGGUCAGCACCAACACUUUGAAUUGUGCUCAGAAAUGUACUGGGAACCAAUGUAGGUCUUUCAGAAUCAGUGUUAUGUGGUCUUGGCUGUUGUGUUCCAAAGGUUGCAGAGUUGUGACAGCAGUUUUUCUGUUGCAUUAAUCAAGCUUCUUAGAUGUUCCACUGGUAGUCAGACUGGGACUCCAGGCAGCUUACACAAAUUAAAACACAGAAGGUUUAAAACAUAUAAAAGAGUAAUUAAACUAUAACAGCAUUACAACAAUAUAAAGAAACCUAAGUUUUAGCCAGAGUAGACCUUUUGAAGUUAACGGACCUAACACAGUCAUAUUUAUUCUUUUUAGUAGAUCCAUGCUGAGUAAAACUUAGCUGAAUGGACUUUAACAGGAUUUAAGCAGCCUAAUGGUUUACAGAAAUGCAAGCCUGAUCCUGAGCCUUUUAUACACGGAAGGAAGACCUACUGAGCUUAAUGAGGCUUCGUUCAUGUAAUUGUGACAUGGUCUUUUCAUGAGCAGGAUGGAUGUGAAGAUAGGCAUUGCAGUUCUUUCGCUUAGAUACUCACACAUGGAUGGUUUCUUGCAGCUGAGACAGCUAUUAACAUAUCAUCCCUAGCAAGCCUCCUGUGCCCUUGAUCUACAGGGUAGAUCACGUCUUCACUGGACAGACAAUCAGGAACAGAGGAGCCAGGGGCUGGCAGUUGAUAAAAGGAUGAGGCAAUGGGUAAACUGGCUUUGCACACCUCGGCCUGCCAGGAGGAAGAGACGCGCCUCCAAGCCUGGCUGGGGAAGAGAUAAGCAAAGUCAAUGGUAAUUAACCCUGAGCGUCUGAAGUGCAAGCCCACAUUAGGAGGAGGGUUAAUGUGCACUUGCUUCCCUGUCACUUCCUGGCAUCUCCCCCAUUUCCUUAGGAGAGUGGACAGGACCAAAAGAACAGAGCAAAGAACCAGUGGAGGAAUUAGAGGAGGGAGGGGAUGGUUUCAUUCUGCCCCUCCCCUUACAGGCUGUUGCUAAGUAGCUCUGUGCUGAGCUGAGCCUACCCAACAGACGGACUGGUGGAUGAAGAAGUACCUCCCCAUCAGAUUCUCUGUGUUUAUCACUCUCGCUAUUUAUGUUAUUAUUAUGAAUACUUACAUUCAUUAUUUAAUUUGUAAGCCACUCAAUAGGCUUGUGACCAGUUAUACAAGCAUAAAAAUCAAUUGCACUGAAAUACAAAGCAACCCCAUUCAAACAUCUAUCAUUAGAAUCGGCAAUAAAGCAACCCCAUUAAAACAACACAGCAAUGAAAACAGGAGACAUAAGGUGAGCAGAUGCAGAGGAAGGCAGGGCCUUUGGUAUUUCUGAAUAGGUUUCAGGUUUUCUCGCCCAUACGUGGCAAGCUUUGCUUGCCAAAAUCCCCCUCCUCUAUACAGCUGUGAAAUAUCUUCCUUUGUAGUCAGUCAGCCUGGUGCACAAUCUUGCCGCGCAUGAGGGGUCUUCCUUUUGGGCCACUGCUUCUGCUCUUCUAAUUUUUAGCAUUACUGUGGGUAAGCUCCUGGGUCACCAGGCCACAACGCAGAGAUGCUGCUUUCACCUGUGCAGUGGCCGGGGGAGACAAGAGUUGCCCAGUCCCGCUGCUUCCCCUGAUCAUUGCCUGCUGCAAUAGGUGAGAGAGAACAGGGUAGGAGAAGUCACACUUACCCUUUCUCCCAUGCUACUUCGCAACUGGCAAAGGUAUGAGCAGCAUCUGUGGGGUGUGAAUUGGUGACCCUAUAAACUCCCAUGUGGUGAUGCUCAGUAUCUGGAACUGGCAGGCCAACCGGAAGUGACCAUUAGGGGGCAAGGAGAGCCCAGCUGGGUCAGAUCAAAGGUCCAUCAGGUCCACUCUCCUGCUGCCCACAUUGCCAACUAGAUUAUGCUUCCAGGACGGCCACAAACAGGACACAGAGGCACACCCUCAGCAUGGCACCAUUGCUAUCCCCAGAAAGGCAUCACUAUCGUAAGUGGGAAAUGGCAGAAAUAGAUUUACAUAAAAUGUGCACAUUCAAAAGUAUAGCCAAAGAGAUGCUCUGUGUUUAUUUGCAUUUAUGAAUUGUUUCCUAUAAAAUGUUUCCAACAGAAACGUCAACCAUUAAAACAAUUUCAUAGAUAAAAACAACUUCAGUGCAGAUACAAACUGGGAUAGAAAGAAAUCUCCUCUUGAAAGGCUGCUUGAAGUAGGAAGGUGCUAAAGUACAAGAGUGGAGGUGCCGGUUGAAUCUGUAGCAGGAAGGUCGUUCCAGAGGGCAAAUGCUGCCACACUAAAGGGCCAAUUCCUACAUCACACAGAAUGGGCCUCCUGAAAUGAUAUCUGCAAUUUGGGAGUCAUUGGAGCAACCCGCAAUUGCCUAACCUUGGCUCGCAUAGGUUCAGGUUGGGGCUCACAAGCGAGAGACUUCAGAUAGAAGCAAAACAGCGGCUAUAAUUAAAAUGCAAUCCAUCUCACCACAAUGAGGAAGAUAGCGACCGGGUGACCUGCGUGUUUGCUUGUUCUUCUAUGCAGGAGUUUCUAACUGCUAAUGAGCAUCCACAAGGCCCCUGCUGCUCUCCCUUCUUGUGGGUCUUUCUCUCUGAACUGAAGACCAGAUAGCCCUUCAGAUAGAGGACUGUAAAGCAGGACACGCGCCCGCCCUGCUGGAGCUAGCAUACCUGGUGAAUGUCUUUGAUUCAAGACCCAAGAAAGGGUCAUUAGUGUGGUACAGCCAAAAAGAACCAGAGGUGUAGGAACAGCAGCAGCAGCAGCAGCAGCUGGUGCUAUGGAAGUUUGAAGCCCAUGAAUAUUUUGCAAAGCAGGUAGCUUCUGUCUUUCCAGUUGUAACAGAUUAAAUGUGGCUCCCGCUCCCGUCUUCACUCCCCCUGGUAUCAGACUGGAGGGAAUCAUUACAGAUCUCAUCAAACAGAGGGCGCUUUCAUUUCAGAGACAAUGGGAAAUGCCUCAGGUUCCCCUGGGGACAGACAACACGAAGCCCCACCAUUCCCUCUUCCUAGAUUUAAAGAGGUGGCAGCUCCCUCUUCAAUAGCUGCAUAGAUCAUCCUUGAUAUUUAGCAGAAAGGGGAUGAAAUGAAGGAGCAGAUUGAUGAAGGAAGGUGUCUUGCAAACAGCGCUUUUCUCAGCCCUGAAUCAGGAUGCCCUCUGAGCCCAAAUAGGCAUUGCUGGCUUGUGUUAGGGGAUGCGGGUGGCGCUGUGGGUUAAACCACAGAGCCUAGGACUUGCCGAUCAGAAGGUCGGCGGUUCGAAUCCCCGUGACAGGGUUAGCUCCUGUUCCUCUGUCCCUUCUCCUGCCAACCUGGCAGUUCGAAAGCACGUCAAAGUGCAAGUAGAUAAAUAGGUACCGCUCUGGCAGGAAGGUAAACGGCGUUUCCGUGCGCUGCUCUGGUUCGGCAGAAGCGGCUUAGUCAUACUGGCCACAUGACCCGGAAGCUGUACGCCGGCUCCCUCGGCCAAUAAAGCAAGAUGAGUGCCGCAACCCCAGAGUCGGUCACGACUGGACCUAAUGGUCAGGGGUCCCUUUACCUUUACCUUAGCUUGUGUUGGAUUGUGUGUACAGGUAAUUUGGUCCGUCCUCUAUAGACGUUAUCUCCUUCUGGAUGAAUCAUAGUCCUUUUAAGGACUAUGACUCUAGCACUCAUUACUCAGCUUCCUCCAAAUCAUCACAAUUAUUACCUAUGAUGGGUAGGACCAUCUCUGAGUGUUGUGGUGCAGAGACAAAUAACAAAUCUCCUGGAUAUUAAAAAGAAAGCUGUCCUAGGGCCACUUGGGAAAGCAUUUUUUUCUCUCAUUUAAUCUGUUCCAGCCCUGCUGAGUUUUCUAGAUUACCUUCCUUAUUGCAUUGUUGUUUACUGGCAUUAGGGCCUAUUCCAGUGUCAGCCAGACAGAUUUGUACUGUGAGAUGACUGUAAAUUUGGAUUGUGAAAACAACAGAAGUUUGAUCUGUCAACCAGGGAAAACUAGAAUCUGUAAUUACAAGCCUUGUCUUUUGAAUAAGUGUUUUGGAACUGCCUUCUGGUGAAUAUCAGACGGGCUCCAACCCUUUUGGGAAUUCGGCACCCAUUGAGGACCUUUUUAUUCCACCAGGCCUUCCUAGAAUGAUGAUCCUGGCCUGGUCACUAUUAAUUUUGGAACAGUAUAAGGUUAUUUUAAUGGGUUUUUAUCUGGUAUUCAUCAAAUUGUAUCCAUUUCUGUUUGGUACAUUGCUUUGAGAUUCUUUUGGACAUAAAGCAAUUAAGAAAUUUUAUAAAUAAGUACGGUACAUAACUAACUGCCCCAUCUCCCCCCACAAGACCCUUAGCCUUCCAGAUCUCUUACUGGCUUCAGAGACAGUCUUUUACAAAACCAUCUGCUUAAAUAGUGCUGCUGGAGAUGCAUAGCACAUGUCCUCCAAUGCUGCUUGAUACCAGUUUGUUAGUAACAAAACCAAUGGACUGGGUGAGCUGUAUGUUGGCCUGGUAGCUGUGGCAACUGUCCAGUAGUGUAGCAGGAGGUGUUCAUCUUUCCAUGCUCCUUGUGGUUAGUUUUCCAUCCACAGUUCUAGAUCUGCCUAGAUUUGUAAUACUGCCAUUCCAGAGAGCCUCUUUCAGCAAACUAGAGGCAUGAUGGGCUCCUUAGAUCCUAGCCAGCCCUCUCUUUGCCUCUGUCUCUUAAACUCCUUUCUUGUUUCAGCUUUAGAGAAGUGGAGGUGGGAGGAUAUUGACAUUUGCAAACCAAUUGUCUUUUCCUGCCACAAUCUGGCAAGAAGCAAUUGGAUUCAAGGCUGUUGGAUUCAAGGCUGUGUGGCCCUCAUCAUAACUGAAUAUUGGUGGAAGAGCAGGGACCCCCCUCCCCGUCCUGAGCCCAUACCAUCUUCUGUAAUCAGCAUUAGUCCUACGAGCAUGCAAAGAGACUUGCUGGAUCAGAUUAAAAGGCCCAUUUAGUCCAGCAGUCUGCUCUCAAAUGACCUAUGAAAAGUCCACAAGGAAAACAUGAGCCCAGUAGCAUACUUCUGUCAGACUUGGAAGGUGCGAGUGAGUUUAAUGCCCAUGCCAGGGCUAGACUCUGUGCUCUAGUGAACCAGAGAAGUAUUUGAACUCAUGUGUGCUGCGAUGCAUAGGAUAUGAGCCUUGCCGACAAACGGUUCGAAGGAAUUAGUUGUUGUCUCCUCACCUGUGUACGCACUGACAAACCACUGGCAAAGAGAACUCCCCUUUCCCUGCAUUCUUGCUCAGCCAAGGGAAAACUAUAGCAGCAAACCUGACAUGCCUGGUAUUGGUGACGACAGCGAAGAGUUCAGCUUGUCAGUUCAGCUUGUCGGAAGGACGGUGUGUGGAAUCUGAUGGCUCUGCUUCAGGUUCCCCUAGGCACCAAAUGGUAGAUGGCGACACCAAGUGGCUCUUUGGGGGCACAACAAUACAAACAGGAGAGAUCUUCCAGAAGCCACAUUUAGGGACACAGAUCCCAGUUGUGUUGAAAACUGCCUCAACUUGGCAGCUGUAAUGAGCAGAGAGAUUUGCUGUUGCUAACCACUGCCAGGAGCACCUGAUGGUGCCCGUCCAGCAACUGUGGUUCUUCUUUUGAAAGAGAUAGAUGAUGUCCAUUUCCCCUAGGGCAGCUGCCUGGCCUGCUUUAAACUAGAGCAAUAGGCUUCUUGCUGCCUCCUCAGUAGCCAACAAGCACAGUGGUGAUGGCAGCCCCAUGUACCCUGCCUGCGAGUGGAAACUGCUAAUAUAUGCACAUUGUCAUACUAGCUCUUACAAAAUGCUCCCCGUUGAACAUUUCUAUCUGGAUGGAUGACCUUGGUGUUUCAUGCUCUUAUCAGCUAAUUAUGAGUCCCCAGGUUAUGGCUCUGGCGAUACUCGUGUUAGAAAACAAAUCUUUUUAAUGCAUGAAAUGGUGAGGGAAUUGCUAGUCCCCAUCCCAAGCUGUUUUAGCGUAUAUGCCUGGAAAUGAGGCCUGCUGAAGCCUCAGGAGAGUAGGCCUAUGUAGCUGGUUUGACAAGAACAAGGGCUUUUGAUAUGUUUAUAAACCUGAGAGAAAUUCCUCAGCUGAGUUUAAUGUGCUUUUGUGAGGAGAACCAUACAUGGGUGUCCACAGGAGAGAGGCAGUUUACCCUCUCCUGUAUGAACCAUAAUUACCAGCCUUUGAUUUUUAAGCAAGCUUUUAGCACUUGUAGAACCUGAGACAUGAGACAAAAUGUACAGGUAUUAUUCUCAUUUCUUAAAAUGAGAAAUGGUCACUCUGCCUUUCAGUGUUUUACUUUGCCAGUCGCUCAUGGAAAAAUUCCUGCAAACAUACAUGGAACUAUAUGUAAGGAUUUUGUUCCUGGUAAGGAGGACUCAACUGAGGGAUCUGCUGUUAUGGCCAGCCCAUCAGCGACUUCACACAAUCUCUUUCUUUGGGUGACUGGAAGACACCAAUUCUAAUAUGAGUAAAUGUUUGCCUUGUGUGUAAAGGAGCUGAUCUAAUAGACCUUUUCAAAUUAGUUCACAGGCGAUAUUCACUGAGAGUUCAGCAUAAGUUUCUCCUCGGCCAUGCAAAGCAACCAGCAGCUUUCAGGGUGAUGGAGUUGAGGUCCUUGAGAUAAAGCUGGAGUCUGAAGAAGUUGCCAUGCUUUGAGUUUUCAUGGUUUUCCUUGGUGUAUAUGGCAGUGGACGGGGUUUUAGAUCUCCAAAGCAUGGCUUCCUAAACUAGAACGCUUUGAUGCAUGAAGUUUUACAUAGGGUAUAAUCAGGAGGAAGAGGCUUAUCAGGCUGGAAGCUGUUGCAGCUGGUUGGCUUUUCUGGAGCACUGCAAACAUGAUUGACAGUAUGCAGACAUAUUAGGUGGCUUUUCUUAGCAAUCUAUAUAUAUAUUACUCCACCCUGUUCAAUGCCAGGAACUCUCAGCCUUUGCCCCUUCCACUCCCAGAAGCCCCUUGAUCUCUUUUCUUCUGUUUUUCCCCCCAACAGGUGAUAAUUGUGAGGUGGAUAGUCGGGCCGGACGCUGCGUCCCUGGCGUAUGUAGGAAUGGAGGCACCUGCACCAAUUCUGCCGAUGGUGGCUUUCAAUGUCAAUGCCCACCUGGGGGCUUCGAAAAGCCUUACUGUGAAGUGUCUACACGUUCCUUCCCCCCAAAAUCUUUCAUCAUGUUCCGAGGACUUCGCCAGAGGUUCCACCUGACCCUCUCCCUCUCGUAAGUUAUUUGAGCUGGAGCCUUGUAAUGUCAGUUAACAGAAUAGCCAUUUUUCAGCUGCAGCUGAUGAUAAUCAUUUUCCAUUCUGCUCUCCAAAAUGCAUUUGCCUGACCUUUCUGGGUUUCUCCUUCAUACUAGAUUGGGCUGAGAUAUGAGCUCUAGCUGAGUGUCUACUCUUCAAAUGUGACUUUUUAUAAUCUAGCUGGAAGAAAAGAAGAUUAUUAGAAUUAAGGUAAAGGUAAACGACCCCUGACAGUUAAGUCCAGUCGCGAAUGACUCUGGGGUUGCGGUGCUCAUCUCGCUUUACUAGCCAAGGGACCUGACGUUUGCCCACAGACAGUUUUUCCGGGUCAUGUGGCCAGCAUGACUAAGCCGUUUCUGGCGAAACCAGAGCAGCGCACAGAAAUGCUGUUUACCUUCCUGCCAGAGUGGCACCUAUUUAUCUACUUGCACUUUGACAUGCUUUUGAACUGCUAGGUUGGCAGGAGCUGGGACUGAGCAACGGGAGCUCACCCCGUUGCAGGGAUUCAAACCGCCGAACUUCCGAUCGGCAAGCCCUAGGCUCAGUGGUUUAGACCACAGCGCCACCCGUGUUCCGCAUUAUUAGAAUUGUCAGCCCCUUUUUUUCUCCUUGCAGAAUGGCUCUUAUCUUUGUUGGGAUACUGCCAGGGAGACAAAGGCCAUCAUGCCCCCACGCCGUCUCCGGACGAUUCAUCGAUCUCCCGUAGAAACGCAGUAUCAGUCAAUUAGCGACACGAGCCUCAGAAAUAACAUGCCACUUUCCAAGGCUGGUGCACGCUCUUUCAGCAGAGUUCGCACAGCGAAAGAUGCACUCAGGAGAGCAUUAUUUACAACUUUAUUCAGCGUUGGUCAGAACAAAGGAAAAAACAUGACUGCCUGCUUCGAUGUCUCCAGGCACAGAGAGAAAGAAAAUAACAGCUAUAUAACAAAAGAGAAACAUCCUGUGAACAGGAAAUACGCAGGCUGUGACACAACAACCUGCUCCCUUCUUAAGGUGGAACGGAAAUAUCCUAACAAUCUUAUCUUAUCAUCUUAUCUUAUCAUCUUAAUCUAUCUUACCCACCCUUCACCAUAAGGUCCCAAGGUGGGGUGCAGCGAUUAAAAAACACAAUACACUAGAAAUUCAACAAGUGCAGCUUUACCAGAUAUGGGAUGCAAUGUUAGCUCUCACUUGUUGAAUGUUGGCCUGCCAUUUAAGGCAGAAAAAGAAAGACACCAACCCUCCUUUUUCUUGAUGGUUGAAUCUUAAUCUUAAUCUUAAUCAUUCUGCAGUUGCAACAUUCUCUUCAGCCAAUUGUACCCGAUGAAGUAUUGCCCCAGGAAAUGUCAUAAUUCUCUCAGGCCCAGGCUACCUAAUUAAUAACUUUCAGAAAUGCUUAUUCUUUCUCUGCUUUAUCACUGAAUUGCUUUGUUUAGAUUUGCCACCUUAGAGCGCAGUGGCCUCCUAAUCUACAACGGACGUCUAAAUGAGAAGCAUGACUUCUUGGCUGUAGAGAUUGUGGAUGGGCAGGUCCAGCUGAAGUACUCCACAGGUAGGUGAUGUAGAUGGUUCUGCAGUACUACUUGCCUACUUUCUUACAAUGGGGGUGCCUCUUUUGCAGAGCUGAGCAGGGAGGAGGAAGAGGGCGAAACCAGAAUGACUUGGCUCUGCCAGACAUUGGGUCUGGGGCCACCUACUGUUGGCCUCCCUGCCAUCUGCCCUACCAGCUCUAAGGGGCACCAGGCUCCAUUCUCUUAGCAACAGAAGAGUGAUGGCCGAUGUCUGUGGUUUUUGGGGACCCCUGGUACUGCAAAACAUGUUCAUGGUAGAAUAGGAUGCGAUGGAAGGAGCUUUAUUGGAGAGAAAGCAGAAUCAGCAGUGCAGGACUGCAGAAAGGAGGUGCAAGUGAAACUGUUGUGGGGAUCCACUAGAACUCAAGUGGGUUCCAGAGCUCAAAAGGACUAACACAUGAUGGGUUGGGGGUGAGGACUGAACACAAACAGUGUACCUGGCCCAGAAAAUCAUAUUAGCAGCCCUGCAGAGGAGCAUGGGGCUUCAGGAUAGCAUUCAGGUUUGAACUCCUGGUGUGUGCCUUGUGUCUUCAGGGUCUGUACCUGAAUGUGUGAUUCUUUGUGAAUCUGUGUGUUGAGACAUUGAAGGCAGGGGUAGAACGGGAUAAGCUGGUGGGCUGGGUUUCUGUGUUGCACUGUGUUUGCAAUCAGUGGUGGUGCAUUUGCUACCACUGGGACUGAAGAGGAAUCCUGGGUGAUGCUUUGCACAGGGCAAAAGGGCUGAGUGCAAAAGCUACCCCAAGGAUGUUCACCUGGCACCUUCACAACAUCUUUAUGUGUUAGGCAAAGACAUUCUCAGGCCUUUAAUCUAUGGCCUUUUAAACUGAGGGCAUGUAUAGUUUUUGUUCAUUAUUAUGGUAUGUAUUGUUGUAAACUGCCCUUUGAACUUCGGAUGAAGGGCAGUAUAGAAAUUUAAUAAAUUCUUAUUAUAAUUAAAGAGUGUUAAUGGGAAACCACAAGGGUACUAUUUAUAUGUAGGUAUAGGGUGUGAGCAGGCAUGAAGCUGGAAAAAAAAGCAUCAAAUGGUGUAGAUUGCAAGGGAACAUAUUUGUAUGCGCAGCAAUGUUUGUGUUCGCGUGCCUGUAUAAUAUGUAUUUGUACGUCGUCGUAUCAUGUUGGGUCUGAAGGUCACAAACAGUCAAAUUAGAUUGUGUCUCAGAGGACUAGUUAAGCAUGCUUUUUGUGUUGGGAUGAAUGAUGGAGCUGCGUCAGUGGGAAGCCAUGUUCUGUUUUAAGCUGUGGUUUAAAAGGCAUCCUGUUAUAUGACACGACAAGACCACCCACCCAAAACCAUGUCCGUUUUACAUGUGAAGAGAUAUAGCCUUUUGUGGGCUGCUCAACUUCAAAGGCAAUGUUCAGGUGUCAAGUGCCUUAAAUAUAGUUACUGAAAGGGCUGUUAUUUCCAGGACUCUUAAUGUCUCUGAGUCGAUGGUCAGGGUGCAAUGGCUGACCACAGCCACAAAUAGGAACCCAAGAGCAUCAGCUUGUUUGCUUGCUUAGUUGCAGGGGGGGAAAUCAGAUCAACACUGUGAUACUGGACUCCUCAGCUUUGCUUAGGAGUGCCUGCAUGUUUAUGUGCACGGUGGAUUUAUAUUAUUUACAUUCCGCCUUUCAAUCCUAAUAUCCCAUAACCAAUUAAAUUAAACAAUCAACCUAUUUAAUAAAUGAUCAAAAAUACAAAGAAUGAAGGAGGGAACCACAAAUUUUUUAGGGGGUUGAUUCUCUCUGUUGUCUUUUUAAAAAGUCAUACUAAAAGCCACCAAUCACCUCCCGUUCCUCAAAUUUAAUCCUCUUCAAAAAGACACUACCAAGUUGUUACAUAUCCUAGACAGGAUUUGGCUGUAACAGGUUCUUUUUUCACAAGCUGUUCAACACGGGGAGCUGAUGUUUGGAAGGGUCAGGCAAAGAUUAGCUCCAAGGCAGCUGCCUUUCCUGUGUUCCCUUGCCAAUAUACUUGGAACCAUUCGACUGAAUCACUUUGAAGGGUGCAUGCCUUCUUCCUAACAUUGUAGUGCCUUAUCCAUUUCUUAGAAAGUGUAUCUAGAAAUACUAAAUCAAUGCUACUGCAUGUUUCAAAGCAACUUCUCUCUAUCUUUGUGCAUAUGCACAGCACUUGUGUUAUCAUGCUGUCUUCCACAAGUUGUGCUUUUACAUACAUGCCUGCAUGUGAUGAACUGUCAGUGAUUAUAUGGGCCAAAGUGAGACUCUCUUACCUUGAUAUGUUUGGAAGAGUGAUACUGCUACCACGCAUUAGCAGUGUUCCCUUAGGGUUUGACAAAGGGCCAAAUGUGCCCUUUCCCUUCAAAAGUAACAGCUGUAGGAGGCUCCCAAGCAGGAUCAGGAUUCCAGGAUAUGGCAAUGACAACUGGGGUGCGAUUUAACCCUUCUCGGUGGGUCUGCAGCACAGUGGAGAAGAACUAGCAUGCCACCCUGUGCCAUGGUCCUGCUCCUGUUUGGUUCCCUAUGACUGCCAUUUUUAAAGAAGGAAAAGGGACACAAUUUUAAAAAAUCACACAUUUUACAUAUUGUCUAGUUUGACCUAAAGUCUUCCUGGCUGACAUUUCAUGAUGUCUCUCCUUGCAGGAGAGUCUAGCACCAUUGUUGCUCCCUAUGUGCCCGGAGGUGUGAGUGAUGGGCAAUGGCAUACAGUGCAGCUUCACUAUUACAACAAGGUAGGUGCUAGCACCUUUGGCUUUCUGCCAUUGUGAUUAUUUUGUUAACCUGGUUCUGUCUUCCUCUGCAGUUCUUUUCCACGUGCCAUGGAUUUUAAGGGGAAAUAUGAUACAGAUUCAUUCUGUCAGAUUUUUCUCUCUGGUCUGAUUUUGUUUCUUGUACUUUUUUUUUUACCUGGCUAACUGCUGCCCCACCCAGCAAACCACUUCUUCGUAUCAAAUACGCUGGCUUUAAAAAAAUGUGAAUUGCAUUAGCAGGGGUGUAGUGCUGAUAAUUAAUGGGAUCAGACCAGGAAUGGAGAGGUAGUUGAACACUUUCCUUCUGGAGAGGGAAAUUAGCCUAGUUGCAGUCUUGAGAAAAAAACCCUCUGUUCUGAAAAUGGUCUUUGCUUUGCAGCAAAUUUUCCCUCUAAUGCUAACCAUUGCUUCGAAGGAAGGAUUUUCUGCAGACAUGCGUCGGGAGGGUUACAUUAAAUAAGAAUCUGAUAUUCUUUGUCCCUUGCUAGUUUUCUAUCUGCAGGGAUUCUGCUCCCCACCCCACCCACAUCUUGCAUUCUGACUUGUCUUUUUUUUCGGAAUGUUUCAUUGGAACAUUAAUGAAUUGAGAAUAAGGCAAUGUGGCUAUUUUGUUUGGGUGAUGCCUGCUUAGUCCUUGCUUUAUCAUUUCAGCCCAAGAUCAGCUCCCUGGGCUCUGUGCAGGGACCUUCCAAAGAAAAAGUGGCCAUUCUGAUGGUGGACAAAUGUGAUGCAUCUGUGGCACUGCAGUUCGGCAAUGAGAUUGGGAACUACUCCUGUGCAGCAGAGGGGGUGCAGUCCAGUUCCAAAAAGUGAGUGCUUCCCACUUGCAGCUAGACCAGAAAUGUGCUGCCCACUCUUCAAAGAGCUAAGUAGAAACACCUUUCCUUAACACACACACACACCCCGCCCCAAUGCAGUCAAAGCUCCCUCUCCACUUCAUGCUCAAGUUGGGAAUGAGAAGCUUGGAGUGUGGUCACAUGAUUUAUAAUAAGCCACACCCUACUGCAGUGUGAGCGGGAGUCUCACAGUUACCCAUACAGACUGCUCUGUGCCAUUGUCUCUCUCUGGGUUUUUGCCUGCCUCCCCAUCCCACAGCUACAGAGGCAGCUGUAGUUUUUAUUACUCAGCUCUGUAUCCUAUAUAGGAGCAAUGGUUAACCUGUGACCCUCCAUAUGUAGUUGGACUCCAACUCCCUUCAACCCCGACCAGCCAGCAUAACACCCACCAGCCAGUGUGGUGUAGUGAUAAGAGUGUCAGACUAGGGCCUGGGAGACCAGGGUUCAAAUCCCUACUCUGCCAUGAAGCUCACUGGGCGACCUCGGGCCAGCCACUGCCUCUCAGCCUAAUCCACCUCAUAGGUCUGUUGUGGGGAUUAAUUGAGGAGGGGGAGAACCAUGUAUGUCAUCUUGAGCUCCUGGAAGGAAACAGUUGGAUAGAAAUCAAUAAACAAUAAAUAAAUAGUCAAUUGUCAGGGAUGCUGGGAGUUGUAGUCCAGGAACAUCUGGAGGGCACAACUUUGGCUACCCUGAUACACACACAUGCACACAUGCUGUCUAAUGCCAAAAUAGACUUUUACAAAACCAAAGAAAUACAAAUAUCCAUAAUUAAAAUGCACAAUAAAGCAGUACCUUUAGAACAGUGUAGCAAUUGCAAGCAGGAGCCUCGGGCAAUCCUCUGGACACCCUACUUGUCAGGUCCACUGCACUUGCCUGUGUGUGAUGGCUCAGACUGGCUAGAAAGCAUUGCAUGUGCACAAAGCAGUCCAGAGCUUCGAUCCAGGCAAGGGAAAUAUUAGCUUUUCGUUUUGCGAAUUUUGUUUUGCUUGUGGCUGUUUCUGUGUGACUAAGUCAUGCAUCAGAAGUCACCUCCAGAAAGGGGGCCGAGAGAGGAAAGUGGGGAGUUGAGGAUAGCAGGGCAAAAAUGGAAUGGGGGUUAAGGAAAGGGUGGGAAGAGGGGAAGUGGAGAUUGCAAACGCACUGAAAGGCAGAGAAAGUUAGAAGCAAAUAGGAAUGAAUUACAAGGAAAGAAGAUAGUCCUUAUACUGGACUAGGGACACACACACACACACUACAUGCAAGCCUCUACUCAAAAGAAGAGCUGGAUAUAAUGAAAAAUAGAUGCAAGGGAAUGGGACAUGAGAAAAGUUUGAACAUGACUUCUGAAAUAACAAGAGGCCUUGGAGUGUCUGUUUGGGAAAGAACACUGUCGAAGACUUUAUACAAGUCAAGCUUCAUUUUAAGGAUUUUCCUUAGUUGGGAUUAGUGUAUUGUGUUUGUUUGUGAGUGUCAGAAUCGGUCAUGGGUCUCAGGUAAUCAUUCAACAGCCUUAUUUGCAUUGGCUCUUGGAUGCUAACACUUGCUUUUCAGUGAACCGAAUGAAAUGGUGGGCGUGUAAAGGUUUUUUAUCAAUGACUUUCAUUAAGAAAACCCCCAAAUUUCCCACUACACCGGCCUUUCUCAUGGUGUUCUUCAGAAUGUCUAAGACCAUUGAACACAAAUUGGUCUACCCUUUAACAAUCUUGUAACACACAAAAUCAGGGGUGGUUAAUUCAGUGUCUAGAGGUCUUCCUGUCAUUUCAGUUCACGUAUACAAAGUAGGGAUGAAAAUUAAAAUUGUGAGUGGUAACUAUUCUGUAGUAAGGACAACUAUGAUAGCUUCAUUUUAUUUAUAUAUUUAUUUUCCACCGCUUGAUACCAAACUAGGCUUCUGUGUAGUUUAUAUAGCAUGUUUUGAAUGUUCCGAGCACUAAUUGUAUGUCAUCUCAGUAAUGCUUACAGCAACCUUGCAAGGUAGGUUGAUAUUACAUACUGUUUGUCAAAGUUAUAAUGGCAAGACCCUAGAGGACUCUAUAUGCUAAAUAUCUAACAGCAUCAAUGAGAGUGUGGGCUGGUGGGAUGACUUUCAUUUUUUCUUCCUUCCUUGUGGUGAUACGUGGAAGAUCUGGUGUCCCACCACAGUCUUGGCUGCCAAUGGCUUGUCCUAAAUCCUGCAUGCUUGGCUCAGGGAGGGUGGGACUACCUGAACAGUAUGGCUGCAUUUAAUGUCAAAACGCCUGUGCACGGGGCUUCUGCAUUUCCCUGAUCUGUAGAUUAAGCAAAACGCUUGUCCCCUUUCCCAUUAUACUCCCAUUUCUAGCUUAAAGGUAACCUUUCGGAAAGCUGACCCGCAGCAAAUACCACUUACGGGCCUUUUCUUCCUCCAGAUCGCUGGACCUCACUGGGCCUUUGCUCCUUGGAGGGGUCCCCAAUCUGCCUGAGAACUUUCCAGUGGAGCACAGGGAGUUUGUGGGGUGCAUGAGAGAUCUGUACAUUGACAGUAAACGCAUUGACCUGGCUUCCUACAUUGCAAACAAUGGGACCGCAACAGGUAAUGUCAGCUGCUUAACCAUGGAUGGCUCUCCCAAGCCAUGGCUCAUUCCUCAACCAUAUCAUCCUUGCCUUCCAUUGCAGUGUUGCAAAGAGCUUGGCUAUAGCUGGCUUGAUGUUCAGUGAACCAGGCCGUUGUUUUAAUUAUACCAAAGGCUGCACCAGUACCAGCUGGCCCUCUCUUUUGUAGCUCUGGCAAGACUCCUGGAAGAAGAGAGGUUCAGCCCUGUAUGUUUAUUGGCCCUUUGUUUUAUCUAACGAACAUGCAUGACCAUUUGGCUGACGCUACGAUUGUAAUACUAAUAAGGGCACCUCUGCUUUCUCAUUGCCUGGGCAGGACGUGGGCCAGACCCAAACCACUGACCUAAUGGGAAAGGCUCUGUAUCCUCAGGUCACCAUCCCAAAUCAGUCUUUCCCACUGUGGAUUUCUUGGGGACUUCAUACUUGUUGUGCUUAACCAGAAAGGCAUUUCCAGAGGGAAAGGUGAGACUUGGAGAGGACCAUUCUUGGUGUCUGCUGCAGCUUCCAGACAUUAUGAAGAAAGGCAGUGCUUGAAGGACUGAAUGAGGAAAUUGAUGGCAUCGGGAGAUGUUCCUGCCUAUUGUUAAUGUUCAACAUUGAGGGCCUGUUAUCAUAGUUUAGGAAAGUUGGGAGUUGAAGCCAAAGAAGAAGCUAUUCCAAGUAACAUCCUUUGUCUUCACUUGUGCUGUCCAUCUGCAAUGUCCCCAGGUUGCCAUGCCAAGCACUCCUUCUGUGAUUCCAACCCCUGCAAGAACAGUGGCACCUGCACUGUGGGCUGGUCUUCCUUCUCCUGUGAAUGCCCAGUAGGCUUUGGAGGCAAGGAGUGCAGGCAUGGUGAGUGUAACUUGGUGAAAUAUUCAGGAGGCACGUGGAAGGGGUGGCCGGGACUGUCAUGGGAGUGCCAGCCAGGAGGUAUGGUCAAAACGAAACGCAACACUUCAGCCUUGGAAAGGUUCUGUUGGAAGGGGGUGUGAGUUCCCAAGGAAAGUCAGGCAAAACUGAUAGUACGUUUUGUAUUCAGUGUCAAAACAUGCUGCCUUAUAGAGCACAUAUGUAUAUCUAAAUUGUGACUUUUCCCUUUAAACUGCAUGUGAAUGGUGGUCAGGAAAGAAUCAGGCAUCAGUUUUGAGGAUGUUGAAGAGAAAAGCACAAUUUCACAGAGGAACAUAGGCUUGACUGAGUCAGGCCAUUGGCCCAUCUUGCUCAGUAUUAUCUCACUGACUGGCAGCAACCGUUCAGGAUUUCAGACCAAGGUCUCUCCCAGCCCAACUUGGAGAUGCAUGGGAUUGAACCUACAUGCAAAGCACGUGCUCUAACACUUACCUAAAAAAAAAAAAAAAAGCCAGCCCUCAAAUGUUUUUUUCAGUCUGUAGAAUCAUUGAAAUUUGCAGUUCUCAAGUGUUUGGCCCAGACCUGCUAAACCUGCCAUCUGGUCAUGUUGCUUGCCUUCCUUCUGCACAGUGUGUCCACUCCUCGGCAUUUUAAGUGAGAUUAAACUUCCAGCUCCUCUCCUCAGGCCCAAUCCAGGGGCAUUUCCUUGGCACAAAAUGGCACAAAAGUCAUUGGAGUGAAGGAAGCAAGGGGGGCUUUGGGGCAUCUCCCGUCACAAGUUUCAUCACACUGUUCUGAUCUCCAGCAUCUGUUCUGAUGCUCCUCUUUUCUUUUCCAGCCAUGCAUCACCCUCACCAUUUCCGUGGCAACAGCAUCCUUUUCUGGGACUUCAAGAAUGAAGUGAAGAUCUCCACCCCCUGGUAUAUGGGCCUGGCAUUCCGGACACGCAAACUGAACGGAGUGCUGCUUCAGGCCCAUGCUGGCCAGUACACCACCAUACUCUGCCAGGUACCGUUCCCAGUACCCACAAGCCUAUCAUCUGCUUCCACUCUGUGCUGUGAGCAUUGUGACAGGUAUUCAUUCCACUCAAAGCUGUAAAACCAAAGCUCAUCUAGCUCAGGGGCUGACUGUGACCCUCCACACUCCAGGCCUCUCUGGCCUUUGGAGAUCUCCCUUGGAUCCAUCUCUUACCAGCCUCACUCUGAGCUUUCUUGGGUCUUGUUCCCUGGGUAGAAUUUGCUCCAUUCUAACAUUGCCCUUUCUUUAGCUGGACUCCGGCCUGCUCUCCUUCAUGGUGAACAGGGGCUCUGGACGCACCACCAAGCUCCUCCUGGAUCAGAUGCACUUGAAUGAUGGGACGUGGCACGACCUCCAGCUACAGCUACAGGACGUCCGGAGUGGUCGAGACACACGUUACAUCAUCACCCUCAAUCUGGACUUUGGCUCUUACCAGGUGAGCCCUGAAGGUGGGGGCACAUUAUCCCCAAAUGAUCCACAUUUUGUGAGUCUUCACAUUUUGUAAGGAACACUUUUGAGUGUUCCUUAACAGAACCUUGUUGCCUGCUUCCUUCUCUCUCUCCCUCUCUCUCUAUAUAUAUGACCAAUACUAAUGGUCUCUUCCAGCCUUGUAACUGAGAGCUUCUUUUUAGAACAUGUAGAGAACAUGUAAAGUAUGAAAUUGCUAUUGGUUGGGUUUCUUUUCUCAGGACACUGUAGUUGUUGGAAAUGAGCUACAUGGCCUGAAAGUGAAGCAUCUCCAUGUUGGGGGAAUCCUGGAGUCUGGUAAAGUGCAUCACGGUUUGGAGGGUUGCAUCCAGGUAAGUCCCGGCAGUUUUCCAAAUGUCAAACCUUCUCCGUUUUGAUUCUGUGACAGGCAGUUUUCACAAAUGGGAGAUUUAAGAAAACAAAGAAACGCAAAGGUCACAUCCGUACCAUACGUUAAAGCAUCACUAUACCACUUUUAACAGUCACGGAGAAUCUUGGGGACCUUCAUUGGUUAAGGGUGCUGGAAAUUGAGUAUUUGGGAGUUCAGCAUCCUUAACAAACUACAGCUCCCAGGGUUCUUUGGGGGAAGCCAUGACUGUUAAAGUGGUAUAAGAGUGCUUUAAAUCUAUAGUACAGAUGUGACACAAGCCACAGAUUUUUUCCCUUGCAGGGACUGCCACUCUUUGUGGGCAGAAGUGGUGGGGCGGCUUUCUAUAGGACACCUGAACAGUUGGUAAUAAGGGAAGAGAAAACAUCAGGGAAGCUUGGCAAUUUUAUAAAAGAGUCGCUACUACUUGAGAGGCUGGCCAAAUGGUCCAUUGGCUUUCCUAAAGAGAUCCUGUAUAAUGCCCCUUUCACUUGGCUUUCAGGGAGUACGCCUGGGUGACACAGCCACGGGGAUGUCAUUACCCAAGCCCAGCAGCGCUCUGAACGUGGAAGCAGGAUGUACUGUGCCCAACCCUUGUGACUCCAACCCUUGCCCUGCCAACAGUCUGUGCCAGGACAAGUGGCAAAGCUACACUUGCGUCUGCCAGCCAGGUAGGAGAUGCACAACCCUAACCCCAACCCCAACCCCAACCCUAACCCUAACCCUAACCCUAACCCUAACCCAAACCCUAACCCUAACCCAGCCAAGUAGGAGAUGCACAAGCAACACAGAUCCUUCACUUGCCCAUGAUUUUCACAAGCUGCCCAGUCAUUCUGUGUGUGUGGAGGUGGGGGUGUCCUCAGUUCAGUGAUCAAAUAAGCCAAAUUUUUCAGCCAAAGGUGUGUAAAUCAAGCAGAUUUGCACAAUCCCUAUACCUCAAUCAUAGCCUUUGGCUUCUUCUGUUGCAGGAUUUUCUUUUUGGAUGGGUGGGUGUAAGAGAGAAUUGAUAAGGGCUUGGCACUGCAAUCCACUCCACCUUAAUAAACUCGCUGGGUUCAGUUAGAACAUUACUUCUAACCUGUCCUUCCAGGUUACUAUGGUGCCAACUGCGUUGACGCCUGUCAUCUGAACCCCUGCAAGAACAAGUCAGUGUGUCGGCGGAAGCCUGGGGCUCCCCAUGGCUAUGUCUGCGAAUGUGGAGAGAAUCACUUUGGGCAAUAUUGUGAGCACAGGUGAGAUCCAGGACUGCUCCCGUACUUCUCAACAUCCUAUGGGCCUAGGUAAAGCUCUUUUCCCUAUUCAUUUGGUUUCCUCCACUCCAGUCUUUAACAGAUAGGCCACUGAGGAGAAAAACCAGAGAAUUUCGUUCUUUGUGCAUCCAUUUGUUCCUCCCAUUAGAGUUGAUUAGCAGCUUACUUUGGACAUGGCUAAUUAGCAGUGAGGUGAUCUGAGCGUAUCAGUGUGAGAUGGGGCAGGCCUGCACAAUUCGUGACCCACCAAGGCAGGUGGCCGGCAGCCCCUACCCUCAUUUAUGCAAUUUGGGGAAGAGAGGAAAACCAAGAAGGCGAUCAAGCUGCUGGAAGACUGAUAAAGAUGGCUGUUGUGCUGUGCUGGGUGUAUAACAUCAGGGAUCCAUCUGACUUUCCCCCCUGCAGGAUGGAUCAGCAGUGCCCCAAGGGAUGGUGGGGGAAUCCAACAUGUGGGCCCUGCAACUGCGAUGCGGCCAAAGGAUUUGACCCAGACUGUAAUAAGACCAAUGGGCAAUGUCGCUGUAAGGUAAGAAAACUGAGUUUUCUUUCUCUCUGUGAAAUGUUUUGGGGCUCUGCUCCCCUUAGGAUCUGAGGAAGCAUUUGACUCACUUUGCCCACCACCCACAAUAUAGCCUUUCAACCCUCUCCAAUGUCAUAAUGCUUGCACCGAGCUAUGGGAAUGUAAACCUCACCUUGAUAUUCAUUCUCAUGCAUUUCCAGUUUUCGUUCUCAGGUCUCUUGACCCAGUGCAGCAUAGCGGUUAGAGUCUUGGACUCGGACCUGAGAUGACCAGGGUUCAAAUCCCUGCUCAGCCAUGAAGCUCCCUGAGUGAUCUUAGCCUGGUCAAUCUCACUCAGUCUAGCCUAGCUCGCAGGAUUGUUGCGAAGAUAAAUGGGUAGUGGGAGGAAUCACAAGAACCAUGUAUACCAACCUUGAGCCUCUUGGAGGAAAGGUGGGAAAUAAACCAAUAAAAAUUGUGUGAUUGCUGGGAUAGUAGAGUAUGAGACUCUUCAUCGCGGGGUCCUGGGUUUGAGCCACACAUUGGACAAAAGUUUCCUGCAUUGCAGGAGGUUGGACUGGACGACCCUUGAGGUCCCUUCCAUUUCUAUGUUUCUAUGCACCACCUGGCAAGAGUCCUCCAUUUCCUUCUCUCAAUACCUGUGCCUGCCUGCCUUCUUGCCUGUUAUCAGCACGUCACUCCUUGACCCAAACCCAAUGCUACAGGCUAAGGAAUAGUGCUUGAACCAGGAUAGAGAUUGUUUAAGGAACCGAGAAGCUGCUGUUCUCUCUGGCGCUUCCUAGGCAUGGUGGAUUGGGAAGACCCUGCAUCAUCAGAUGGCCAAAAGCACUUUGGGAGCACUGGAAUGGAGGGCUGGCACAGUGCUGCCAAUCCCACCCCCCUACUAACACCCACUUGUGCAGCCAAGUUUGGCUUUCACUCAAAAGCAGCUGCCAAGGGCAGGGCAGGGCCCAGCAGCAGAGCUGGAUCAGGUCAGCAAAGGAACCUUCUGAGCCCCUGGGACCCUGAACCAGUGUCCCCAAGCUGACUGGCUGCCAGUACCAGGCCUGGGAGGCAGGAACAGCUUAUGUGUUUCUGCAACUUGGGUCUCCAGCUAUUGUUGGACUACAACUCCCAUCACCCCUGAUCACUAGCUAGCAGGACUAUUGGGAUGAUGAGAGUUGUAGUCCAACAACAGCCAGGGACCCAAGUUGGAGAAACACUGUAUUGAAUCUCCCUGUUCUGACUGACCGGCUGGACUGGGCUGGGCCAGGCUCUGCUUUCUGCUGCCCUAACAGUGCUCCUCUCUUUGUCCCACCAGGCCCUGCUCCCUUUCUCCUGCUUGUUUCGUUGGGCUCCCUUAUGUUGGCCCUCCCUUCUUUCCCACAGUUUGCCCUUCACUCCCUCUGCUGCCCCCUCCUCCUCCUGCGACCCGGCUCUCUAACCGCCUCCCCUGCCCCUCUCCCUUCUCCCCGCAGGAGUUCCACUACUGCCCCAAAGGGAGCAACACUUGCCUCCCCUGUGACUGCUACCCCAUCGGCUCCUCCUCCCGUUCCUGUGACCAGGAAGUGGGCCAGUGCCACUGCAGGCCUGGCGUGAUUGGCCGGCAGUGCAACAGCUGCGACAGCCCUUUUGCCGAGGUGACACCCAGCGGGUGCCAGGGUGAGUAGGCGUCCACGUUUCUAAACAGUUCUGAGGGAGCCUCUCAUCUCCACCUGUAGCUGCCCAUUCCCCAGAGCUGGGCUUGCUCUGCCCGUUUUUGCUUCUGGCCCUUCAGGAAGUCCAAAUAAAUACGUUCAGGUGAACGUAAUAGCCGAUUUGAGAGGAAUAGUCAUUUUCCCCAAUUUUUGGAAGGGGGGAUAUAUCUCUCCUCUCAUUCGCCAAUGGCUUUGUCGUAAGUUGAUGGAAGAGUAAACUCAGGAUGCUUUAAGAGGGGUUCUUCAUGAGAGCAGCUUCAGCACUGAAACUUCAUGAAAGAUGGCAGCUUAAGCUGAAAGACAAGCAAUUCACAGUACAGGCAACAUAGAAAAAAUCUGAACUGGAUCAGUACAUUUCUUGUUUCAGGACUAAAUGCAAAUCAUCUCGUUCCCAAUGAGCCAACCUUCCCACCUUUAUUCAUUCCAUAUUUUAACAUAAUUAGUUAGCAUGACCAUAUUUGAGACAUUUAUCCGUCAUAGAGGCUUCCUGGUCGCUGCUGCUCAAGUACUAUAUGAAAUUCUUUCUGCAGAACACAGCUCUACACAGAUUCUGUAUCACACAACUCGGGUCUAUGCUGCAAAGGAUUUGGAAGUUGCCCCUCUGGGUGCCUUCAGCAGUUCACAGCCUAAUAUUUCUUUAAUGAGUUGUAUCAUCCCCCACAGUAAUUUUAGAUUUUUCUCACAAUGCCACUGUAUGCGUAUAAAAUCUGCUGCCUCUGUAGUUUUGUGCUCUAGGUUCCUUUUUUUGUGCUUUAUAAGCUAUUAAAUACCAUUGAAAAUUGAAAUUUCAUUUUAGACAAUGUUAUAUUUUAUUCGAUGUGUUUUGAGAGUUCUUCAAAGGCCUCCCUGUCUUCAAUCAAGGCAUUGUAUGGAAUAAAACCCCUACCUUAGAUUCCCUGUGACUUAUGUUUCUGUGUUUGGCUUCACAGUGCUCUACGAUGCAUGUCCUAAAUCUUUGAAAUCUGGGGUGUGGUGGCCUCAAACCAAGUUCGGCUUGACAGCUGUGGUGCCUUGUCCCAAAGGUUCACUGGGUAAGUGUUUCCACUUGCAGGGCGAUGACUUUAUGGACAGAUUGGAUCUGUCCUGUUUGGUUUCAGCAGACCCAAGUCACUGCUAGUCCCCCUUCUAAGUCAUAUCUUUUCUGUCUUCUUUUUUCCAACACUGUCCUAGCUGAUUUCUGUGAGCCAUUGUCAUCAAUAAGAUUUUGAAGAAAUUGGGCCUUCUGAAGUAGGCUCAAAGAUGUUUGUUGUCCUGGCAAUAGACUAUUUCUGACAGUAAAUAGAAAUGUGUUGGUGAUGCUGCCAGGGUUCAGGAUUUUUCAGUUGGAAGGGACCUUUGGAGAUCCUCCAGCCCAAUCACCCACCCCUGGCUCAGUGCAGAAAUCUCCAUAGCAUCCCCAUCAAGCUGAUUUGUAAAUAUAUUGAUGGUGCUUUUAACAUGUGGUGCUUGUUUUGCAUUAUCUUAGCCUUCUUAUUGCUGUGCUUUCCUUUGUACUUUUGUUGCUGUUCUAGUGUUUUUUACUGCCUUUGAAUUCUUGAUCGCCACUGGGUGGAAAGGUGAGAAAUGUAGAGUGGAAUUCAAAGAGGUGCUAAGGAGAUCACUAGUCAGUGCAAGCAUUUCUGCUUGCCUUACAGAACAAUCUCUCCUCUCCCCCCCCCCAUGUGCUGCUUUGAGGGGGCCAAAUUGGGGGUGCAUGGGUGGCACAGGGGAGAAGAGAGGGAGGAAGCCCCAUUGCACUAGCACAACUAUUUAUCUGAUCAACAAAUAAAUACUUCCAGCAAAUGAGAGCCAAUCAUCUCCUGGGGCAACCUGUCCACUAAGAAGCUCUUACCACUAGGAGGUUUCUCCUCAAGUUUAAUCUGAAAUGUGCUACCCUUCUAUUCUCACCUAUUAGUUCUAGCACUGCCUUGUACUACUGCCGUCCUUAGUGGGGGAGUGGGUUGCAGGGCAUUGGGCAGUCCCAUCCAUUCCCACAUAUAGAUGCUCUGAUCAAGGCACAGCAUUUGACAGAAUGAUUUGGGGAAGUGUUGGCUUUUAGGCUCAAGGAGAUGGGUUGCCUUGGAAUGUUUACAGAUGGGGGGGGGGGAGUCGCACCGUUGUUUUGUUUAAGCCAUUGCUUGCUUCAAUCCAAAUAUACUCUUUGGAUAAGUUUUGUGUUACAUAUAAGUUUUGUGGUAAAUACACUUUUUGGAUAAGUUUUGAGGAUCGAUACACAUACAGGAGUGGGAACCUUCUGCACAGUUGCCUUUCAGCAGAGACUCUGUCCUGGGAAACUCACAGUGCAUUAGCAUUGCUUUAGAACUUUUAAUGUUGUCCCUUUUCUCUACGUUUCUUUCUCUUCCACCUGUGCAGGUUUGCGGGGUGCAGGUAAGGCCUAUUGCUGUCUCUUUUCCUCCCCUCACCUGCUUUAUAAGGGCUGCUUUGUGUGGCUUCUCCAUUCCCUGCUUCCUGCUUGAGACACCGCUGGACCCCACACUUUCCCCAUCAGCUGCAAGGGCUGCUGGCACUAUCGUUCUUGCCUUGCUUGGCCCUGAUUUCCUUGUAAUCCUGCCUGAACCUUCAGCUUCUUUGCCUUUCACCAGACACUAACCUGCAGAAAAUGGCCUGCAAUUCCCCCUUUUUAUUUCCUCCCACUCCCUCUGUGCUUGUAUAACCUGCUUCCGCUUCUGCUUACUGCCUUGAUGUUCUCUUAGGAAUUAUGAGCAAUUCCUCAACCAUCCCUACCAACCAAUGAGCCCUGAAACUGAGAGGUGGAAUGCCAGCACAGCCAAUGGUGUAGACUGUGCCUGGUUUCCACCUCUCAGUUUCAGGACAUCAUAAUAAUAAUAAUAAUAAUAAUAAUAAUAAUGGUGAUGGUGGUGAUGAUGAUGAUGAUGAUGAUGGAGCACGUGUUGGCAAAAGCUAGUAUGAACAUAAGAAAUCGGCUUGGUUGUUGCCUGUUGUGUUGGCUUUCUUGCUUUCUGCUAAUUAUUGUCUUGGCCAUGCCACAUGUUUUACCAAGUGUGCUCUCAGCAAGGAGAUGCAGCCAGUCCUGGCUCACUGGAUGAAGAUACAUAAAUACACAUGUUUGCAGACCCUCAGUUGCUGCAUUCACCCUUCACAUUUUUAGGUAUACGCCAGUGGAGGCUGGUCCAUUGGGCAGAUGGGGCACAACCCCACCAAACUUUGCCUGCCCUUAGCCAGCCCCCACGUACUUGCCUCCUUACUUACAACUAGUUUAGGUGGUGGCACUGGCUGUCAGCAUGCUCCUCCUUAGUCUCAGUUUUGCUCUUGUAGAAUUCAGCAAGGUGGAGGAUGAUAGGGACAAAAUCAGAGCAGACUCCAUCUUUCAUUGGCUGUGGUUCCCUGUAGUGUUGCCUCCUUGCUUUCCACCCUAUCCAUCCCAAUGGGCACCAGCCUCCAUCUGUGUCUGCUUAAAUGUCUUAGGUGCACAUCUCCAAAAGCAGCCCAGGGUGCCACUUUCUAAUAAAAAGGAAAGAAGGGCAUUGAAUUGUGCAAUAAGAGGGUUGGCUGCAUGCAGACUUAUCUUCACGUGCAACAUUUUCUACUGUGGAGUAAGCUCAGUUUCUACCCCACCUUGUAACACCACAUGUACAAUCUUUGGAUUCUAGUUCUUGUGCUUCAGGCAGGCCAACUUUCUUGCUAUUGUUGUUUAACCUCAAGAGCCUUGCAUGAUUAACUGCUCAAACCUUUUCCUUGAUGCUUCCCCUCAGUUUUUUACAGGUAGUUUUUUUACACUGCUCUGUGAAGGGGCUGGGGACUGGCACAAGGGCCAGACAUUCAUCGCUGUAAUUCUGGACCGCUGGACCAGCUGAGCAACAUAGAUCUGCAGGGCUCAUGAUAUCCUAGCCCUUCAAAAGGACUUUCCCAGACUUUCUCCCUGACAGCGUUUAACAAAAAGUGUGGAGGAUUGAGCCUAGAAACUUGAGCUAGCAGAAUGGGUAGCCUUCCACUGUGGAAGCUUUAGCAACUGCCUGGGGCAUCUCAGUUGACUGGACUGUGGACACUCUAUUCAACACAGGAGAUCUCAGCUCAGAUAUACUUGCUAAGGAGCAGCAUUUGUUUGCCUCCAGCAUUGAUUUAUGUAAUCCUGGCCCUGCCAUAACUUCAUUUCCCCUCCCCAUUUGUAAAGCAGCAAAGAUGACAGAUUCACCUGCCAUGCUUUUGAACUAUUAGAGAUCACAGCUGUUGUUACUUUGCUGAUGUCUUUCCCAUUCAGGUCAUUGCUGAACACACUUCUAGUGCCACCGGUGAGGAUGGCAGAUGGCGCAGGUCAUGCUGAUAAUGGUGUCAGUGCUGUUUGUGAUAUGGAAUAUCACAAUAUCACUACCAAUAUCUAUACAGAAGUGAUAUAGAUAUCUAGUGGGAGCAUUAAGACGCCCUUAAUGCUCCCACUAGAUAUCUAUAUCACUUCUGUAUAGAUAUUGGUAGUGUGGGCCUUCUGGCUUUUUGUGAUGCUGGUGACAAUUCAAGUGUUCUAGAAAGCUGCAUGGCUGUGAUUGGUGCCACAAAUGGUGGGACCUUGCGCUCCAGUGCAGUGUUCUGUGACUUAAACACAAUUUGGGACUGUCACAUUUCUUUGACUUGAAACGUCCAAGUCUUUAGCCCUUUGGGUUGCAGAAAAAUUGAAAACAUGCAGGUGGCGUGUCGGGGCUAAGCCAAACGUUAUGUGCAAACAUGUGUGCUUUGCCCCAAACAUACCUCUCCUCCCCUCUGAAAAAUGGCUUGUGAUGUGGAGGAGGUGAUGUGGAGUGGAGAAACAGUGGAGGAAAGAUGGCAUUUUUCUGCUCCAAAUUGUCCAUGUAGCCUCUUCCGUCAUCUUCCGUUUUUGUCUCUCCAAAUUAGACAAUUGCCUGUAACAUCUGAUCUGGCUGUCACUCAUAAUCUAAGAGGAACAUAGAAAACUGCCUUGCUCUGAGUCUAACCUUUGGCCUAUCUAGCUCAGUGUUGUCUGCACUGACAGGAAGCAGCUCCCCAGGAUUUCAGACAGGGGAAUCUCUCGGCUCUACCUGGCAAUGCUGGGAAUUGAACUUGAAAUCCUCUGCAUGCAAAGCAGAUGUCCUACCACUGAGCUGUUGCCUUUUCCCAAAAGAGGUUUAGCGAGGGGUCCCCACCCCCACUUGUCCUGGGUGUGGAUCUUUCAUACUUCACUCAGAUCCUCAUCUCUUCCUUCCUUCUCCCUAUGUUUGUACAUGCCUCCUACCCUCUAGAGUCCUCCCCAAUUUUCCUUAUCAAAUGUGUCACUGUCAAAGAAGCAUCAGUUCUGCAAACAUAAUUGAUAAGGGAAUAAAAUCUUGCCCCAAUCCAGAGAAACCUAGUCAUGCUAAAGUCCCAUACAACUAGUUGGUCAAACUUGCUGGAUGUCUGUAUGAGAACUAGCCCAGUUUUCUUUUUAAAAAAAAUAAAACAAAAAAUUGCAAUCUCGGUUUGGAGAGCAGUUGUCCCUCCCAGUAGCACUUGACAAAUCAUUAUCAUGAUUCAAAACUUCCUCCCCUCGUUUGAUCGGCUCUGUGGGCGUACAGUGAGAGAUGGUUCAUUCUCAGGAGUGCACAAGGCAAAAAAAUAGAAAAGACCGCAUUCAGCCAGAGGCUGAUAAUGAGCUAUGUUAGCUUGACCAAUGAAAUUUUAAUUCUACAUCAGUUCUGAUUUGCUGUAGCUGUGCAUUGAUCCUUCUUUGUGGAGUCGUCUCAAGUGACUCUUACGGUAGUCCAGAAAGUCUUACAAAUCAGAAAUUGUUUUUGAGCUUGAUAAGAGUUUGCACAACAUAAUAUUUACCCCUCUUCUUCAAAAGCUUUUAUCUGUCCAUUCAUGGGAUAACUGAAAUAUCAUGUGAUGUGCUAGAUGCAUGACAGAGAAUCUGCGACUGAUGAGUUCUCCCAGGCCCAGCUUGAAAACAAUUAACCCCAGCAUUGGGGGGGGGGGCUCUCACAAAAUUCAAAUUUGUGAAUGUAAAAUCAGGGUGGUGACCUUAGCAAAGGGUUCAUAGAUGCUAAUGUAGGGUCUGUGCAGCCUCCUCUGAAUCUGUUCCCUCACUGAUGCUGGUGUUCUGUGUUGGUGGUAUUGCCAGUGCUUCGUUCAGUGAGCCUGACCUGGCCUGAUGCUGUUGCCCUGACAAUCUCUUAGUGGGAGGCAGCAGCAACAGCAGGGAAUGUCCUCCUCAGUCACACAUUUAUUAACUUAGGCAUUCUUCCUUCUCUUAGGUGCAGCAGUUCGGCACUGCGAUGAGGAAAGAGGCUGGUUGGAACCCGAUCUCUUCAACUGCACAUCACCUGCCUUUAAGGAGCUCUCAGCAUUGGUAACCCUCUCUGUCUGUCUGUCUCCUGUCUGGGUGGGCUUUGCUUGGCUCACAGUUGUGGUAUUUCUGAGUUGCAUAAGCAACACAGUAUCUGUGCAAAGCCUACGCUGACUGCCCUAGUAUGUCUGCACAGCAGAUAAUCUGUGUUAUGGGCUGCACACAUACAACCUGCUUCAGAAUGAAUGUUGUCAGCACUGCAUGGCUUCUCUCCCAAGUGUUAUGCCUACGUUUAUGCUAAAACAGUGGUUUUCAAACUUUCCUGGCCUGUUUUGUGCAAUGACUCUGAACUCGUUCCUGCAAAAAGCCUGCACCGAAACUGUUGGUUUGAUUCUGCUGACCCACAGCAAAGGUGACAGUGCAAGCAGCGGCUUGUACAGCAAUAACUUCUAAAGCAUAAAGGAUGCUGAGGUCUGACUAAAUUAAGUAGCCCAUUGAGGGCAUUCAAAGUGCAGAACUUCCCCUUAGGGCUGAAACUGACUAGGCCAUAAACUGUGUGCCAUCCAGUCAGAUCAAUCACCACUCAGUUGAGUUGCCUGGAAUUAGAAGAGACAGCUAAUUGAAUGUUAGGAAAGCAGAAUGAGCAGCUUCUGCCCACCCCAUCUCUCUGCAGUGAGACUCCUGCCUCCAUUGUUAUACCAUUAGCCAAAUACUUAGAUGCUUCUACCACCCUAUCAAUAAGAGGGAAUCUGCUCCCAUCACUCUAUAGAAACAAAUGCCUAUAUGCAUCCUGCUUACAUGACAUCAUAUACACCAGGCUUGGUAAAGAAAUUUAGCAUAGGUAGUUUUACCUAAGAUCCAUAUGGCUCUUUCAUAGAGAAAAGCAGGGUGAGGGUGGGGAUAAAGUACAGAAAUGUGAGGACAUAUGUUGGCAAGUGUUAAGGGUUAUAUAUUAUUAAGAGAUAGGGACGCCGGUGGCGCUGUGAUCUAAACCACUGAGCCUCUUGGGCUUGCCAAUCGGAAGGUUGGUGGUUCGAAUCCCCAUGACGGGGUGAGCUCCCAUUGCUCUUUCCCAGCUCCUGCCAACCUAGCAGUUCGAAAGCACACCAGUGCAAGUAGAUAAAUAGGAACCGCUGUGGUUAGAAGGUAUAUGGUGUUUCCAUGCGCUCUGGUUUCUGUCACAGUGUUCCAUUACGCCAGAAGCAGUUUAGUCAUGCUGGCCACUUGACCCAGAAAGCUGUCUGUGGACAAACGCCGGAUCCCUUGGCCUGAAAGUGAGAUGAGCACCACAACCCCAUAGUCGCCUUUGACUGGACCUAACCGUCCAGGGGUCCUUUACCUUUACCUUUUUUAUUGCUUUACCAUAAAAUCCUCUCUCUCUGUCUUUCUGCUUCCUUUCCCCCCAGAGGAUUUAAUAUCAGAACCAUCUGUUAACUAGAUGUUUCUCUUCUCUCAUUCCCUUGUUGACACAGUAAAUGCUAGAAUUUGGUCAUGAACACAGUAGCAGUUUCACCUCUAGCUAGUUCUGUUUCACGGUUUCCAGUGGUCCCUAAUCCCCACCACUUCAUCAGCAACAUCAUAAGAAGCCCCUUUCCUCUCUGUGUGAUUUGUAUCUCUUUAAAAACAGGAGCUAUGUUUCAGUUCCUAGAGGCACUGCAUGGUCCCCCACACACCCACCUCCCUUAUUUUCUGUGUUGGUAGCUGGAAGGUCUGGAAAGGAACGAGACGGAACUGAACACCAUAGAAGCCAAGAAGCUGGCCCACCAACUGCGGGCAGUGACCGAUCAGAUGGAGCGCUACUUCGGCAAUGACGUUCACAUCACCUAUCGCCUUUUGUCCCACCUGAUGGCGUUUGAGAGCAGGCAGCAGGGCUUUGGCCUGACAGCCACCCAGGAUGCCCACUUCAAUGAGGUGAGAGGACUUUUUCUGGUUACUGAGCAUGCUAGGAACAUGGAUGGAGGGGGAUGUAGGCCGCAAGGAAGCUGCUCGCCCGUCCUACUGGCAGGUAGAAUCCUCAAGGAAGUGGGUGGCAGGGGGAGUCGCAGGGCUUAGAUGCUUUUCUCUAAGAAGCUGAUCACAGAAGAUGCUGCCAAAGAAACACAAAACAUAACAGGACAUUUCCUACCUGCUUCACUCAUGCUACAGGGCUUGCUUAUUUGUUUACUUACUAUAUCUCUAGAUUGGGCAGUUUACAAUAAAAAUGAUUUAAGAUAUUUAAAAUGUCUUCAGCAAAGAUGGCUUAGCUGUAGGUAAGGAUGGGGGGAGCAAUUUGAUUCAGUUUGCAUUUCAAGGGGAAUAUACCUAAUCAGCACUUUCCAAAUCAAUACACAAACUGAAAUUCGUACUAGUGCAAAUUUUGCAGUGCAGAAACUCCAGCCAAGUGAGGUGUAUAUACUAGGAUGGAGUUACACUGGACUUCCCCAUUCUGCUUCAUUGGUUAUACUACAAUGCUUCCUCAAUGUUAUUGCAUUAUGUUAUUGCCUUUGAUACCCUUCACCAUGGUGCCCUCCUGCAUCAACUUCUGGGGUAGGUAUCUGAGUACUACAGUGGUUCCUCUUCCACCAGCAUGUUCAAGUCCAGGGGGUAACAUUGGGGAAUGCUCUUUGUACCCGCAGCACAGAGAUUCCAGAGGGCACCAUUUUGUCCCCAGUGUUAUUUAGCAUCUAUAUGAAGCCAUUGGGGGUGGUCAUUAGGAGUUUUGGAGCAAAGUGCCAAGUUUCCACAAGUGCUCUUUUUCUUUCUUUUCACUGUGUGCACCUUAUCUGCGAGCAUUUUCUCACAGCAGCAAUGUUUCUUUCAAACAACCAUUUCAACGGGAUAACUUGUGAAUCUAGAGGCCCUUUAUUUAUUCUCACCUGUUUCGUUUUAUCCAAACCCCCCUUUCCUUUGCGCUGUUUUAUUUAUUUGCACGACUGCCACAUGAGAAAAUAAUCUCCUUAUUUUCUUCGCAACCUUUCCCACGUUUCCCAUUGCCCUUUCUACACAUACUUUUAAUUGGUUCCUGUGUGGUAUACCCAUCUGCUCACGGGCUUAUAGGAAAAGACUCUGAUUAGAAGCAUUUGCUCUUCAAAUAUCCAGCCAUCCCUCCACUGCCCCCUCUUUACCCGGGUCUUCCCUCCACCCCAAAUCCACCUUAUACAACACUUGCAUAAUUCUGAAAUAAAGCCUCUUGCACCUACUGUCUGCAGUUUCCAAAAGCCUCAAAACAAGUCGCCUCUAAUAGAUUAUUGAGGCAGGUGUCUAGACAAGAAGAAGUGCCUGAUUUGAAAAGGCAGUUUAUUAUCUUUCUUCUGUGAUUAGCCUCCCACCUAAAAGAUCCAUGUACCCAUCCAGUUUAAGAUUGAGAUGUCAGGGAUUAAACCUGAGACCAUCUGCAUUAAAAAUACGUGCUCAGCCACGAGAUACAGCCUUUUCCCAUCUGGUCAGCGCCUGGAUGGGAGAUUGCUUGGGAACCAAUGUAUGCUCCCCUGGGCUCCAUCGUGGAAGAAAGGUGGGCUACAAAUGAAAUAAAUGAUUUAAAAGCCAAAUAGUUCUGGAAACUGCAGCCUUCUAAAAGACAGUGUUGUUGUGUCCCACGCGAGUCCUAUUCAGAGCAGAUCUGCUGAAAUUAAUAGACAUGACUUGCUUUGGAUCAUUAAUUUCUUUGUGUCUAUUCUAAGUAGCACUGAGUGGGAUGCAGCCCAUUGUGCGAGGAGUAUUUCUACAUCCUCUGAUGUUCCACCUCUGAUCUUUGCCCUGUAGAACCUGCUGCGGGCCGGCAGCUCGGUGCUGGCCUUAGAUAACCAAGAGCACUGGGAAGCAUUGUUGCAGAACGACCACAGCAGCGCAGGACUGAUGGAACAGCUGAGAGAGUACACGGGCACACUGGCCAGCAACAUGAAACUCACCUACCUCAACCCUGUUGGCGUGGUGACCCCCAAUAUUGGUAAGUAGAAGCACUGCGUGGGGAGGGGAGGUGUUGCUGGAAGGCCGCAAGCAGCUCACUGACCACCCUGAAGAUCUAUAUGAUCUGUGCCACCAUCUGUGAACUCCUGACUUGCAGGCAGCCAUGGGCUUGCUGAGGAUGCAUUGGGUUUCUGGGGUAGAAGCUGGAGUAGCACAGGCUCAAUCAUGGGGGCAAGGCAGCACAGGUGGAGUGGAGUGCUAGAAUGCCACACCAGUGGGAGGUCAGGUGUGAAUGCAUUUCUUGGCCUGCCUUACACUGUUCCUUUUAAGUUUUGUGGGCAAGUGUUGGCAAGCCAUUGGCUUCGUCCCAUGUAGGUGCUUCACUCCUCAUGCAUGCAGAAGUAAUACAGGUAUGUUUUCUGCAGUUGGGCAGGAAACCUCCCAAAGCAGGCCUUCUCUUAACAAACAGAUGCCUAUGACCACAUUGCCCGUGUACAUCUAUUUACUAGAAACCACUGUGGAAAGUAGCUCUGAGAGCAUCAAACAUGCUCCACCAGUAAACAUAAACCAGCAUAUUUGUGCCUUACUUGAUCCUUAUGCAUGUUUUUCCAUCGAAGCUGGAAGCAUCUCUCUGGCCAAGGGGCCCUUUUCAUUUCUCAUCAUUCACUCAGAUAGGCCAACUCAGAGACCUCGUAUCUGCUCCUCUCUCUCUCUCUCUCUCUCUCUCUCUCUCUCUCUCUCUCUCUCUCCCUCCCUCUCUAUGCAGUGCUCAGCAUUGACCGCAUGGAGAACCACACCCACUUCAGGAGGCGUUACCCCCGAUAUCACAGCACCCUCUUCCGUGGCCAGGUCAUGUGGGACCCACACACCCACGUCGUGCUUCCCCUCUCAGUCCUUACACCCCACAAAGUGGAAGGUAAGUGACUGAGCUCCACCAGGCCCAGAGCAAGGUAAUCAAGGUAACCAAGAAGUGAUUGCCUCCUUCCCAGCAUGCUUCAUUCAGGUUGCACUGGGCACCCAUUUAUGUUCCUGUGGGCAGUGCUCUGGGGAAAGAGCAAAAUGCACACAGAUGUCUCAUGGAUGUCUCAUGGAUGUCUCAGAGAGCUUCCCAUUCUUCUUUUGGAGCCUUGGAGAAGGGCUGUUUAAUUUACUUGAAGCAUUGUUAGAAGUUUAUGAUCAGUUGGCUUUGUAACAGAAGAAGACCUUUGCUUCCCAUGAGAGAAAGACCCAGGAGAAGUUUCUGAUGGGGAGCAGCACCUUCUGAGCAACAAAAAGACAGCUCUUCUCUGGGACCAGGGGUGGGGAACCUUUAGCCCAUGGGCUGAACUUGGCCCACCAGGGAUUCCAAUUUGGCCCAUGUUGCCGUUUUUGUGAAACCACACCUUGUUAAUCAGAUUACCUCUGCUCAAUGGGUGGAUGAUAUUGGCAGAUGGGAGGGUUUGAUGGUCAAUGCCUGAAGAAAGCAGACUUGAACCCUCUGCCCAUCAGGUGAUUGGUUGGGGGGUUUCAAUGCUGCUUGGUCACUAUCACCCCGUGCCCACCCCACUGGUUGACUUUGACAAGUGGUCAGGACCACCCACCAGUCAAUCACUUGGUGUCACUAUGAUGUCAGAUGAUUGACAGGUGUGUGAUCUCGCCCAUCUGUCAAGAAUUCACUCCUGGGGUUAGAGGGAGAUAAAUAUCUGGCCUGCUGGGCCAAAUAGGUUCCCUACCCCUGUGUUGAAGGGGGAGGAAUUUCCUUCUGCAGCAAAGGAUUGGCCCGUUGGGCUCAAUGGGCUCAGCUCAGUCAAAGUAUAAGAACAUGAGAGAUGAUACCACCACAACGCUAGGCACCUCUCUCCUCUUCUGUCCUGCCUCAAAAUGGUGCAUACCAUUGGUUCCUUCCUGUUCUGCCUUCCCAGCUCCAGCUCCCAGCACAGCAGCACUGACACUGGUAAACAGUGAAACCAAUGACACUGUGGAAACCUCCCCUCCCAAGCACUUCCUGCCGGAACCUGAGCCUGCUGUAACCAUCCUCAUCCUCAUAAUUUACCGUACUCUAGGAGGACUUCUUCCUGCCCGCUACCAGGUGGAUCGGCGCAAUCUCAGGUACCACUCAUUGCUUACUCCUCUUCUAGGCUCUUUGCUACCAUCUCAAGUCCUACGACUCCGACUUGAAUGGACCAUAAACAGUUUGUCGAGGAUUGGUCAGCAGUAGCCCACUCUCCCGUUGCAUGGACCAGUCUGGGUGCAGUGGUGUUGCCAGGUGGCAUCAAGUAACAAGUUGCCUUUGUUCUUUGCAGGCUCCCCAAAAACCCUGUUAUGAACUCCCCCAUAGUGAGUGUGUCUGUCUUCAGCAACCACACUUUCCUCCAGAGCACUUUGGCGACCCCGUUAGUGCUAGAAUUCCGCCUGCUGGAGACAGCCAACCGCAGCAAGCCCCUCUGUGUCCAGUGGAAUCACUCCAGCCAGUAAGUUGCUUUGCUGCCUCUUUCCCAGGGAGCCAUCCUUCGCUUCCUUUUUUACUUUGAGGGAGGCCCUUGACAUUAUUCUAUUCAUUUGAAAUGCUUCUAAGCCACCCUUUGCCCAAUGGAUUUCAUGAUGGGCAUAAAAAUUAUUAAAAGCAUAAAUACAAUUAGCGGUCUUCAAGUAAAUAAUUGUGCAUGUGGAACAGCUUCAGCUUUCACAGUUAGGCAUUCCUCCCCCUGCACAUACCCUGCGCCAUCCCCAAAUCUGCUCCAGAACAUUGGGGAGAAUCCCUAGAAAAGAUUUAGGGUGUGUGUGCCGGCAAGAGGUGGGGGUAGAUUCCACGGCACAAAAAGAAAUCCUUGCAUUGAUGGACUGUUCACCUCAGUCUGCUGAAUUCCAUUCACAGGCACCCUCCAUAGUAACUUAAAGAUAUAGGGUGAUAGCUAUUAUUAGUUAUACUCAGAGAAAAUGCAUUAAAAUCAAUGGACCUGAGUCCAACCCGAAAAGGUCGAUAAUUCAAGCAUAAUUCAUAGAUCCUCAGUGAGUAUCCUCAUGCCUGCCUCUAAAAGAAAAUGUCCCCUUGAAGACUCUUUCCUUUGAAGCCUCUCUUUUUGGAUUUCUUUGUGACUGCAGGAUUGAGCCCACUGGCUUCUGGACAGCACGGGACUGUGAUCUUGUUUAUCGAAACGCCACGCAUGUUCGCUGCCAUUGCUCACAGUUUGGCACUUUUGGGGUCCUGAUGGACAGCUCCCACCGAGAGGUAAUUCUGAUGACAAGGUCACAGCAAGACCUAGAAAGUGAUAAGUGAGGUGUGAUCAGAGAGGCCAGAGAUAAAAAGCAAAACAGUGGGCCUUGGUAUCGCUGAAGACCAAACUAGAUGAGUCAGAGACAGCCAUGUUUGUUUACUCAUGUACAAUGUAUAAAGCAGGGAAUGAGUGGGAGGUCUAAUUUCCAGGAGUGGCUGGCAAGGAAACACCAUGGAGCCACAAGAGUGUUGUUGGCGUUUAGUAAACCAUGGUUAAUAAAACAUGGCUUGGUGUUAACAUGCCCAUCAGGUUACUGUGUGCUUCCUCUCUGACUUCUCCUUUUGCCUUUGGUUUCUCCUUGCAGCAACUGGAAGGUGACCUGGAGACUUUGGCCAUUGUGACCUAUUCCUUGGUGUCCCUCUCCCUUCUGUUCUUGCUGCUGGCCUUCUCCUUCCUGAUAUGCCUGAAAGGUCUCAAGUCCAACACACGGGGAAUCCACUGCAACAUCUCGGUCACCCUCUUCUUCUCUGAGCUGCUCUUCCUCUUGGGUAUCAACCGCACUGAAAACCAGGUGAGAGGAGAAGGAGCAAGAGGCAAGUCCUAGGUUCAGCAUGUUUGGAGGUUUUGAGCUAUGUGUGCCACACAGUCUGCACCCCCCAACUAAGACUGCUGCUCUUAGUCUAGGACACUGUCCCACUGCCAGUACUGAAAUAAGAUUCAGCUGCCAAACCUGUCAGCUGCUGCAUAUGGAAUUUUGGAGGAGGCAUCUUGUGCUUUGCCUUAGGCCACAAAAUGUCUUGGACUCCUGAAGCAAUAGAGGGAAAUGUUGUACAAUGUUAGUUUCAGAUCAGGGGCAAGCUACUCACGCUAUUUUAGAGGACGCCUUUGAAUUGUGGUGCUCUUGCUUGUUUCAGUUCUUCUGCACUGUGAUUGCCAUCUUGCUGCACUACUUCUUCCUCUCGACUUUUGCUUGGCUUUUUGUGCAAGGCCUCCACAUCUACCGCAUGCAGACGGAGGCCCGCAACAUCAACUAUGGAGCUAUGAGGUUCUACUAUGCCAUUGGCUGGGGUGUCCCUGCUAUAAUCACUGGUAAGUGCAGAUGUGUUUAGGAAGUGAGGGUUUCCUUUUUCCCUCUCUCUCUCAGCCUCUAGAAAGAAAUGUAUCCUGGCAAUUGAUAUGCAGAACAUGCUUAGUUUGGAACAAACCUACAGUAGUGCUUCAAACCGUGCCUUUUCUGCGAUGCCAUGUGACCAAGACGUUAUGCAUAAGCUGCAGGCAUUGCAGUGUGGAUCGCCCCAGUUCCCACAGCCGUUGCUCAGCUGAAAUGCUGUGGGUAACUGCUUGUGUCAGUCAUAAGCCUAUGUCUCUGGGGAGCCAAGACUUCAGGUCUUCUUUUGUGUGGCUAGUCAGCAGCAAGUCUCACAGAUCAGAGGCUCUGUCAUAGAAAUGAGCCUCCUGGGGUAUAAAAGCUUUUUCAGAAGCAAGACCACUGGAGAGUUCUGUUUGUAGCAUUCCUGUUCAUGAUUGCAUCAGAAGCUUAGGAGAUCAAAGGAGAACAGAGGAAGCAGGUUUACAUUGACCUACAAGGAUGUGGAAAGUAUAUUGACUAGGAAUGUAGAACAUAAUACAUUGUUCAGCUGACCUUCUUCCUUCCUUUUGGACAGGAUUAUCUGUUGGCUUAGAUCCAGAGGGCUUUGGGAAUCCAGAUUUCUGCUGGAUUUCCAUCCAUGAUAAACUGAUCUGGAGUUUUGCAGGGCCCAUUGCUGUUGUGAUUGUGGUAAGCACUUCUCACAUUUGUUCAGUCUCUUUGCCAGGAUGCUGUAGCCUUUCCGUUUCCUUGUUCAGCAUAUUUGGUCCCUGUUCUGCUGUACCUCUGCUUCCUUUUCCUGUCAUUAAUGUUUAGUGUUGCACUUAUUUUUCUUCUCUCUCCUCUCCCCCUGCCCCCCCCCCCCAGUUUGGCCCUUCAUUCUUAUUUUAUCAUUUCUGUCCAGUCUCUAGAAAUAUGUGACAUAAUACAAGUGAAUAAAAUAAUGUACAGUAUGGAGAAAGUGGACAGAGAAAAGUUCUCUCUCUCUCUCUCUCUCUCUCUCUCUCUCUCUCUCUCUCUCUCUUAAAAGACUAGAACUUGCAGACAUUCAAUAAAGCUGAAUGUUGAAUGAUUCAGGACAGACAAAAGAAAGUAGUUCUUCCCAGAGCACAUAGUUAAAGUAUGGAAUUGGCUCUCACAGGAGGCAGUAAUGGCUACCAACUUGGAUGGCUUUAAAAGAGGAUUAGACAGAUUCAUGGAGGACAAGGCUAUCACUGGUGCCAGCUGUUGCUCCAGUGUAAGAGGCAAUAUGCUUCUGCAUUCCAGUUGCUGGAAACCUCAGGGGAGGAGAGUGCUCUGGCGCUCAAGUCCUUCUUGCAAGUUUCCUGUGGGCAUCUGUUUGGGGAUGCUGGACACAGAUGGGCUCCUGGCCUGAUCCAGCUCAACUUUCAUGUACUUUUCCGCAGUUUAUGACUCUGGGGGCUUGUGAGCCUUUAAGCAUUGUGACCCCAUCCUUGGCGAUCUUCUCCUCUUUUGCCCUGUCCCAUGAAUCGGAAGAGGAGUCAGAAGAGGGGAGACAAAGCAUUUCUUUUGCAGAGUCUAAUGAAGCCAGCUGUGCAAUGCACACCAAAUACAGCGUCCUCAAAGACAGUGUGGGCAGUGUUGACAAGCAGGAUCAUGAAAGUGAGGAAGGGUGGGAUAUAGACAAUAAAUAUAAAACAAAACAGAGCUUUCCCCUUGAGUGCCUGUUCCUAACUAGCCAGUCUGCUUCCAGAUGAAUGGGGUGAUGUUUCUGCUGGUUGCAAAGAUGCUGUGCUCACCAGGCCAGAAGGAAGCCAAGAAGAAAUCGGUUCUGUGAGUAUUAACUUAUCACAAUGAUCUGCUCAGACAGAAACGUGCUCUAUAGUGCCUGAGCAUCACUUUUCCAUUCCCCAUAAGUGUCCUUCCACUUUUCUGUCACUCUGCCUUGAGAUGCUCUCCUUCUAAAUGUCAUCUGGAUUGUCUGCCUCCUCCACAACUGAAAUUGCUUGAGGCAGGAGUGGUGAGUUUUGUCAGUACUCAGCUAGUAUUGGCCGCUGUCACUUGUUUUGUGAGUUAGGGAAACACCCUGCGCCCUCAGCAGUAAAGAGUUGCCCUCUUGGGAGCCUGUUCCCAGAGCAUUUUAUGGGUGUGGCUGGAUUGUGUAGAAAUGGGUUUGUGACCCUCCUUAGUGUCUCUUGCCCUGCAGUUCAGCCACAGAUUCUAACCUCUGCGUCUGUCCUUCUGGAUGGCUCUUUCUCUCCGUCUCUCUCUCUCUCUCUCUCUCUCCAGUAUGACGCUGCGAAGCUCCUUCGUUCUGCUUCUAGUUAUUAGCACUGCUUGGCUCUUUGGCCUCUUGGCUGUCAACAACAGUGUCCUGGCUUUCCACUACCUCUACACUGUCCUCUGCAGCCUUCAGGUAACUCUCUGCGCUAGGAUAGAGAUGGUUAGGCAGGAAUCAGGAUAUGGUGGAGCAGACGAAGAGGAUAGUGGCUUCUGGUGGGAGCAAUCCUGCAGAACAUAACUAAUUAUCACCAGUUCCCCCAAACGAACCACAUGUGGUUUGGGUGUCAAAGUCUACACCUUCUUCACUCACAGAACUGGUUGCAAAUUUCUCUGGAUCAAGUCACAUGCGCCAAUCUGGUGUGAUUGCUCCAUUACAUUACGUUUGAGGGUGUGCAGAUCUAAAUAAAUUGCAAACGCAUCUGGCACAUUUGUUGUAAACUGCACAUGCUUUGUAAGUGGCGAUAUAUCAGCCAGCAAGUGUGUGGUGAUUAACAUACCAAGCAAUGCAUGAUGGCAGCCCUUCCAGUCCAGAAGCAAGACAUUUUGUCUUUUAAUAUGAACCUACCUAAUUCACAUUUUCCAAAACAAUGCAUGCUGUUUCCAAAUUUUGCCAUGGAUUUCUCCAAGCAAAAUACAUGGUACAAAAUGCACAUGAGGAAUUUUCCUUAAAACACAUUGCAAACUGAAAAUGCAGCAAACUGAAUUUAAGACUGGUGGCGGUCAAAAACAGAGAAUACAAAAUUGACCAGAUUUGCACAUCCCUAUUUUCAAGUACUGUACAUACAUUAAAGCUUUUACAAAAGGCAUUUGCAUGAAAAAAAUUAAAUAGGAAGCAAGGAAUUAAUGAGUGAAACAUAUAGAGGGGGGACAGAAAUUAGUCUACCACCACCCUGGAAUUCACUUGCUAAGAUUCUUGCAAAAUAUUACUUAAAGGCAGAUUAAAUAUCGUGUGACUUUGCAGACAUUUUGAGAUACCCGGUGGUGGCUGUAUGCUUAUUUCAGUACUUCUGAUUUGCUGUAGUCUUGUUAGAUCUCUAUACUCACAGAGCUUCCUGUAGUUUAUGUUUAGAUUAUAUGAUGAUUCAUAUUUGCCUGCUUCUAUGUAGAGUUUUCCUAUCUUUGAGCUCACAUAGAGACUAAUUGCUCCCUCUAGCGGAAAGCUAAUGUAGUCAUUCUGGUAAUUAGAUCAUUAACACUCAGCAUUUAUGUAGUAGUGGUUUUGUGCAUGUUCCGUAACACAGAGGAAGAAUUUGGAUUGCUAUAUGCCAUGCAAGACAGGACAAGUGGAUGGUACGCACCCCACUUUCCUGGUCCAUCUUUGGUGACUCGUAAAUGGCAUUUGCGGCUCAGAUUCAGUAAAUGCGCAUAGGCCAGUGGCAGAGCAUAUGUGCUGCGUACAGAAGAUUCCUCUUCAGCCCCUGGCAUCUCCAGGUACAGCUGCCUGAAAUCUGGAAAGCUGCUUCUAGUCAGAAUGCCAAUGGCCUGACACAGCGUAACACAAUUUCUAAGUUUCAGAUUCACAGCCCCUCUUCCCUAUCCCCCCCCCCCACAGGGCUUGGCAGUACUGAUUCUGUUCUGUGUGCUGAACAAGGAGGUACAGGAAGCCUGGAAACUAGCCUGCCUUGGCAAGAAGGGUCAGGGCGAGGAAUCCACCAGAAGCGGUCAGGUGGGAGCUGCGUUUGAUCUUACUUGUUGGGUUAAGGGAGAUGGGAGGAUAACUUGCUCCAUCCAAAGCCUAGGAUACUGUCCUCUCCUGAAAGAGACCUUAACACUUUGAUCAAAAAGUGCAGGAGGACUGCCUUGUAGUCCCCUGGCCUAUCCCAGGCAUGCAUCCUUGAAGGGGUUCAGGCCUUCCUCCUACUGCCCGCAUUACGUCUAAAAGAAAUAGUCCUUUUAGUGUAUCCAGGGCAAGGGGAGCCUUUUCCAGUCUGAAGGUCAAAUCCAGAACUGAACCACUCUUGGGCAGGCCAGUUUUGACAGGCUGGCAUGGAAGCACCUCAGGCAUCUUCCUAGAGAGGCUACUCUGUGGUGUGUGUUUCCCCCCCACUCUCCCACUGCAGGGUCCCAAUGCCUACAACAACACGGCGCUCUUUGAGGAAAGCGGCCUCAUCCGUAUCACCCUGGGAGCCUCCACCAUCUCUUCUGUCAGCAGUGUGCGCUCAGCUCGGACCCAUUCCAGCCAGCGGGGAUACCUCAGGUAAGCAGCAGCAGCAGGGAUGAGUCUCUGUCCUGCCCACCCCCAGCACCACCCCCAGCUGUAGGCACUUGCAUGCUGAGAAGGGUAGUCUUUCCACUGGAGACCAAAGCAGCCCCCGGGACUUAAUUGCGGUUCCUCUGUUUGCGAGGCUAGGUAUGAAAGCAAAUGGAAUGGCAAUGCAGAUCAGAAUGGUUCUUUCCCUCUCAUCCCUCAAAAAGACACCGCUCACCUCCACAUUUCUCUCUUGAUGCAGGAAAGAGAUUCCCAGAAGAAGAGAGCUCGUAAUAAUAAUAAUAUUUUUAAAAACCCAGCAACAGAGCUCAUGGACUAUACUUUUACUAUGGGCCGGAUUCAACUAAUUCCUGCAUUGCAGGGGGUUGGACCUCGGGGUCCCUUCCCAACUCUACAGUUCUAUGAUUCUUAAUCAGUUCUGCUAGCAGAAGCUAGUGCAAGGAAUCCCACUAGCCCAGUGGCGCUUUCCCCAAUUUUCCUCCCUACUACACAAGGAUUUGCUCUGAAGCAUUGAGAGAACUCCCAGAACAGCACGUGGGACAGGAGAGGGGAGUUCGUUCCAUCAGGCAUGUGGAAAUGCUUGCGUUGACAGAACAAUCUGCUUAGCACUAUGUUGAAUUCCACCCUAUGAUAGGUGUCCAUGGACUAGGCCUGUCUAACAAACCUUUUUACCACUGUGCAUUUCCCAACGUUGAUUUCUGACCUCUCACUUGAAGAGACAGGCGAGAGUUCUGAGUAUUUCUCUCUUACGAGUUUCAGAGAGAACAUGAUGGCGCAUCAAGGCUCUGCUCUGGAUAACAACUUGCUCAACCAUGCUGGUCCAACAGACCUUGACAUAGCAAUGUUUCAUCGUGAUGCAGGACCAGGUAAGGCCAAAAUCCAGGAGCCUGCUUCUGAUGGGGAAGUCUGUGGCUGUCAAAGAUGAAAGGGUGUCUCCAGAUCCCAAAUUAAAAAGAAAUCUUCCAAUGCUGUAUGUCAUCUUGACAUAUCUUUAUAUAUACUGAGCACUGACCAGGCCUGCAACAAGGGCAAGUGACUAAGUGAGCAGACUUUUCUAGGGAAGGGAAGAAGUAGCAAGUUCCCUCCCCUCCAGGAUUUUUCCUUAGCAAUCUGAGACUGCGCCUGUGCAAAACUAACUUCUCUGAUAUUUUCAUGCCUCUUCUAGUUCUGGGUGACCAGUGGGUGGGAUCUUGUCACAGCAGGAGGGGGAGACACUUGUGACUCUUCACCAGCCUGACUCAUCUCUGCCUCUUAGCUUCCCUCUUCUCCUGCCUCAGCUUCUGCCUCUGAUCCUGGACUGCUGUCUGACACAGACUCUCCCAGCUCACACAGCCCUGUUGUCCCUUCAGCUUCCAAUACCUCCUCCUCCUGGUCUUCUCCCUCUGACCUCUCAUCAUUGUCCCACUGCCACUUCCUGGGCUCUGAGCCUUCUUCCCUUCGGGGUUCCUCAGCUGGUUCUUCCCACAAUUCCUCUGCAUCCAACCAGUCCCUGACAGUGGCCCCAAAACAUUUGGGAACCACCAUUCUAAUGUUUUGUCCUUUAGAGGCUUUGAACCAGUGACAUGGUAUGUGCCGCUAGACCAACCCACUGUUCCAGUUUGGCAGAGUUCAUAACUUCAGCUUGCUCAGGAGAGGGCAGUUUAUGUACUGGAAAGCUAUUAGCCAUCACUUGAAAAGCUGUUCCCUCAACCCCACCUUCUUCACAUGUGUUACGUAUCUCCCUGCAGAUCAAGACUCUGACUCGGACAGCGACCUCUCUCUUGACGAAGAGCGCAGCCUCUCGAUUCCAUCAUCAGAGAGCGAGGAAAACGUGCAUCUCCGCGGCAGGUUCCAGCGCCAGUUCAAAAGGGCAGCACACAGCGAGAGGCUCCUCACCAACCCUUCCAACACCACACCCAAAGGUAAGUGCCCCUGGGCAGAGAAACACCUUGACUCUCAGGCCAAGCUGGGCAACAAGCUCUGAGCUAUGCACUGUGUAACAUGUUGGGGCCCAUUACAAAACAUGGAACGCACAUCUUAAGACAGGAGUGUAGAUCUUGUGGUCUCUUGGACUCCAUUUCCCAUAAUCCACAGCCCACAUGGCCCAGUGGUCAAGGAUUUGCCUGUGGGGUGGGUAGCUCCUCUUAAGAUUAAGGAGCCCUAAUUCACUGCGAAGAAGAAAAAUAAUUGUGCAUGUGAAUUAACCUAAAUACUUAAUUGCUGUCUUAGUCUUCUUGCAUGAUCUCUUCCAACUCAUGCAGGCACUCUGAGAUCUCUGCAAACAUCCCAAAGGGGGCGUUACCUGAUGGUCUGUAUAUUACCUUCAGUACAGGUGUCAUCCAGGCACUUCUUAUUUCUCUGCCCCCAGAGUUGAGCAGCAUGCAGUGGGUGCUACACAGCGGGGAACUGGCAAUGUGCCACAUCCCUAGUAGUUUUGCACCAUCCACUGCAAAGGAUGAAAAACUUAACCAAUUCUUCCUCACAGCACAUAAUCAAAUACCCUGGCGAAUUCUCACAUUAAUCUGCUGAGAUGCUCUUUGUCCGCCUUGUAAUAUACCAGCCAUGUCCUCCCUCUAGAUGUAGAUGGCAAUGACCUGAUGUCCUAUUGGCCAGCACUGGGCGAAUGCGAAGUUCACCCCUGCUCCCUCCAGAAAUGGGGCUCUGAGCGGAAACUGGGGUUCGAUGCCAGUAAGGACGCUGCCAACAACAACCAGCCGGACCUGGCCUUGACCAGUGGCGACGAGAACUCCCUCACCCAGACCCAGAGGCAGCGGAAAGGUAAGAGAAACAGAACUGCAGCCAGUGUGCUGUAGUGGCAAGCAGGGCCAAUGUGGGAGAGCCAUGUGGCCCAGGCCUCAAGCUCAAAGGGGGCUUCUCAUUCAGAUGCUUGUUGAUUUUUUUGACUUUUUAUAAGCAUCACAGCUGCUUUUAUGAGUAGUGGAUCAAAUUGUGUCACACUCACUCAGCUUAGAGCUGUUAUUAUGAAUCCCCCCCCCCCCCGUGAUUGUUGCAUUGUCUUUUAUUAUUAUGCUAUGUCAAUUAUGGUUUUAAUGUUGUACACCGCCCUGGGAUCUUCGGAUAAAGGGUGGUAUAUAAAUUGAAUUAAUCAUCAUCAUCUGUGAAAUUCCACAAAAGCAUAUUUCCCUCAGUAAUGAGUGCAUUUGCUUUUUUUUUUAAAUAAUUUUUAUUAAAGUUUUGAACAACAAAGAAAGAAAAGAAAAACAUACACAAUACAUAUAACAAAAACACACAAAAAAAACAAAAUUCAACAAUAAAAAACAGAAAACAUAACAAUUAAAAACAAUAUCUCUUUUCCAUUUCCGUUUUUUAGUUACUUAUUUUCUGGACUUCCUCAUACCUCCCUCUUUUGUAUUCCAAUCCAAAUUGUUUGUCCAGCAAUUUCUUUUCCACUUUUAAUCCCAAUCUUUAGCUUUAAUAAGAUAUUGAAAUAUAUAACUUCAACUUCUUUAAACCUGAUCUUUGGUCUUAGUAUCAUAUAACGUUAAAAUUUUCCCUCUUAAUGUCAAAUUUCCAUUUCUUUAAACAUCUUUAAUCCUAAUCUUUAAUCUUAGUCUAUCAUUAACUUUAACCUGUACAGCUGGAAACCGCUUAUUUUCAGUCCAACAUCACUCUAACAUUCUUUAAUUUUGCAGUGUUUCUGAAGAUAGUCUUUGAAUUUCUUCCAAUCUUCCUCCAUCGACUCUUCUCCCUGGUCACGGAUUCUACCAGUCAUUUCCGCCAAUUCCAUGUAGUCCAUAAGUUUCAUCUGCUAUUCCUCCAGCGUGGGAAGUUCUUGUGUCUUCCAAUACUUUGCGAUGAGUAUUCUUGCUGCUGUUGUUGCAUACAUAAAGAAAGUUCUAUCCUUUUUUAACACCAUUUGGCCGACUAUGCCCAGGAGAAAGGCCUCUGGUUUCUUAGGGAAGGUAUACUUAAAUACCUUUUUUAAUUCAUUAUAUAUCACUUCCCAGAAAGCCUUAAUCUUUGGGCACGUCCACCAAAGGUGAAAAAAUGUACCUUCAGUUUCUUUACAUUUCCAACAUUUGUUAUCGGGCAAGUGAUAGAUUUUUGCAAGCUUGACUGGGGUUAUGUACCAUCUGUAUAUCAUUUUCAUAAUAUUCUCUCUUAAGGCAUUACAUGCCGUAAAUUUCAUACCUGUGGUCCAUAACUGUUCCCAGUCAGCAAACAUAAUAUUAUGUCCAACGUCCUGUGCCCAUUUAAUCAUAGCCGAUUUUACCGUUUCAUCCUGAGUAUUCCAUUUCAGCAGCAAGUUGUACAUUCUUGACAAAUUCUUAGUUUUGGGUUCUAACAAUUCUGUUUCUAAUUUGGAUCUUUCCACCUGGAAGCCAAUUUUCCUGUCCAAUUUAAAUGCCUCCAUUAUCUGAUAAUAAUGAAGCCAGUCUCGCACUUUGUUUUUAGUUUUUCAAAACUCUGCAAUUUCAGUCUAUCUCCGUCUUGUUCCAAAAUUUCCCAAUAUUUCGGCCAUUUGACCUCCAUAUUGACCUUUUUCAAGGCUUUCGCUUCCAUUGGUGACAGCCACCUUGGGGUUUUGUUUUCUAGCAAAUCCUUAUAUCUUAACCAAACAUUAAAUAGAGCUUUCCUGACAAUGUGGUUUCUAAAUGCUUUAUGUGCUUUGACCUUAUCAUACCAUAGAUAUGCAUGCCAUCCAAAUACAUUAUUAAAACCUUCCAAGUCCAAAAUGUCAGUGUUUUCAAGAAGUAGCCAAUCUUUCAACCAGCAAACAGCUGCUGAUUCAUAGUAAAGUUUGAGGUCUGGCAGGGCAAAUCCACCUCUUUCCUUUGCAUCUGUUAGUAUUUUAAAUUUUAUUCUGGGCUUCUUGCCCUGCCAGACAAAUUUAGAAAUAUCUUUCUGCCACCUCUUGAAACAAUCCAUUUUGUCCACAAUCUGCAAAGUUUGGAACAGAAACAACAUUCUAGGCAAUACAUUCAUUUUUAUCGCAGCAAUACGGCCCAGCAGUGAAAGCUUCAAAUUUGACCAAAUUUCUAAAUCUUUUUUCACUUCAGACCAGCAUUUUUCAUAAUUAUCUUUAAAUAAGUUCCCAUUUUUAGCUGUCAUGUUAAUCCCCAAAUAUUAAACUUUCUUAACCACUGUUAAACCUGUCUCAUUCUGAAACCUCUCUCUUUCAAUCGGUGUUAAAUUUUUCUCUAAAACCUUGGUUUUUGACUUGUUCAAUUUAAAUCCUGCCACUUGACCAAAUUGACCAAAUUCUUGAAUCAGUUCUAAAACCCUUUUAGUACUAGAUUCAGGCUCCUGUAACAUCAAUACUAAGUCAUCUGCAAAUGCUCUCAAUUUGUACUGUUUAGUUCCGACCUGUAUACCUUUAACCAACUGGUCCCUUCUAAUCAUAUUCAGCAAAACCUCCAGGACCGAAAUGAAAAGAAGUGGGGAAAUUGGGCAACCUUGUCGUGUCCCUUUUUCAAUUUUAAGUUCUUCCGUCACAACAUUAUUUACAAUUAGUUUAGCCUUUUGUUCUGAAUAAAUUGCACUUAUACCAUUCUCAAAACCUUGGCCUACCCCCAUACCCUGUAGAUUCUUCUUCAUAAAAUUCCAAGAAAUGUUGUCAAAGGCUUUCUCCGCGUCUACAAAUAUCAACACUGCUUUAGUGUUUAUAUUCACUUCUAAUUUUUCCAAGAUAUCAAUUAUAUUCCUCAAAUUGUCAGAUAAAUGUCUUCCUGGGAGAAAGCCCGCUUGGUCUUUGUGAAUCUCUUCCAUCAACACUUUUUUAAAUCUCUUAGCCAAAAUAUCUGCAAAAAUUUUGUAAUCCACAUUAAGUAAUGAUAUAGGGCGGUAGUUCUUAAGCUGUGUCUUUUCAGUCUCUGUUUUUGGUACAAGUGUAAUAUAUGCUUCUUUCCACGACUCUGGUGCUCUCUUCCCCUCCAUUAUUUCGUUGCAGACCUCUUUCAAUGGUUGAAUUAACCAUUCUUUUAAAGAUCUGUAGUAUCUAGAGGUCAAGCCAUCUGGUCCUGGAGAUUUACCCAAUUGCAUGUUUUGAAUGGCACCUUCUAUUUCCUGUUCAGUUAUUCUAUAAUUCAAAAUUAGUUUAUUUUCUUGGGAUAUUUUUUGUAGUCCAUUUGCUUUCAAAAAUUGGUCUAGAUCUGUUUCUUUCAGAUCUAUAUAAUCGUUUAAAGUACCUCUGGAAACAACUUCUGAUCUCUGCAGGGUUCUGUAUAUUUCUUCCUUCCACUUCUAAGUUCGUAAUCGUAUUUAGUUUUUGUCUCUUUUUCAUUUGCCAUGCCAACAAUUUGCCACAUUUAUUGGCCGACUCAAAAGUCUUUUGUCUCAUUUGUUUAAUUUUCCAUUCUAUUUCCUGAUUCAUCAUUUUCAUAUAUUGUACUUGUAAUGAGUGCAUUUGCACAGAAAUAGGAAUUUGUUAAAGCUAUUCAGAUUAUGUCUCGCUCCUUUUUCUUUUAUUUCUUUUGUCCAGGGAGGGGGAGCACCUUGUUUUGUUUUCAUGUGUCAUAAUUUUAUUGUCGCUGCCUUUAUUAUGGCUCAGAAGCUCAGAAGGAAGUGACCCAGGCCUACAUGGGCCUCUAAGAUGGCCUAGUGGCAAAUCCCUACUCAUCCAUGAUGCUUGCUGGGUAGCUUGGGGUCCAGGGAAAGUCAGGGGCAUAGUGUAGUGUUAGAACACAUGCUUUGAAUGAGAAAGAUCCCUGAUGUCUCCAGAAAUGGCUGGGGAAAACUCCUGUCUCAAACAGGUAGAGCUACUACUGGUCAGUAUAGAAGGGGAUCCUGAGAUAAAUGGGCCAGUGUUCUGACUUGGUAUAAACAAACUCCUGUGUCGCAAUACAGAAUAAUCUGCUCAAAUACAACUACAACACAUGGCUAAUAAAUUUAGUAAAUGUAUUAUUAUCAGUGGUUAGUAUGUCAUCCACUAACCUUCCUUAUUUUUCACGUAAGAGGAUUUAUAUACUGCUUAAUCAUCAAAGCCACAAAGCAGUUUACAUAAAAUAUACAUUUGAAACACCAGCAAACAUAAGAUGUUAAAAACAAGAUGGCCUAGAUUUUAAAUAAAAUAGCCAAUUUAAAAAUAUACCUAAUGAAAUACAAUUGCAUGUUAUAACACAUGCCAAAUGAACACGUCUGGGGUAGCAUUAACAAUGGGUUUUGGCAUAUGCCAAAAAUACAGAAAAGGUGCCUCUGUGGACAGGGAUUUCCAGAGUGUAGGUUCUGCCAUAAUGAAGGAUAGAAUCCUUCCAACAUUGUGUAUCACUUGUUAAAUGCUAAUUCCACAAACUGAAGCAGUUGAGUGGACAUACAAAGGAUAAGGUAUUCUUCAAGUAAGCAGAAACAGCAGGAAGAGGUCAUAAAGAGAGACACCAGAGGAGGGAUAUUUACAGAGAAGAGUAAAUGUAGGAUAAGGAAGCUUUCUCCUAUCAACAGAAAUGCAAAAGUGACCUGCUAUUAGGAAACAGGAUAGAGUAAGAUGACUAUAGAUAGGAUGGGCAUUGCCAAUGGGAAGCUCUCAGAGAGAGCCCUGGGAGAGAGUCUCAUCCUUCUCACCUUCUGCUUUGCUUACAUUGUCUAGGUAUCCUGAAGAAUCGGCUCCAGUACCCUCCGACUUUGCAAGGCCUGCCCUCCGUGGGCAGGAUGGCCAAUGACCUUUCCUGGUACAAAACCUCCACCUUGGGCCACCGGGCCGUCCCUGCCGCUUCUUACGGCAGGAUCUAUUCGGGGGCAGGCAGCCUCUCUCAGCCCGCGAGCCGCUACUCUUCCCGGGAGCAGCUGGACAUGCUGAUGAGGAGGCAGAUGUCCAGAGAGCAGCUGAGCCGCAACAUCUCCGGCGAGUGUCUCGAAGCGGUUGCCAGCAGGCACGGCUCUCGAGAGCGUUUGGACACCAUCCUGAACAGGCCUGGGUCAAGGGAGCACCUAGACACGAUCCUCAGCCGCCACGGGUCCAGAGAGCACCUUGCAAGCAUACCCAGCAGGCAUGGGUCUCAAGAAAAUGUAGCAGAAGCAGCUUCUGGACAGGAUCAAAGAGAUCACGGGAACACCCUACCCAGGAGGCAGGGAUCUAGAGACCAUCUAGAUACUUUGCCCUGUAGAUUUGGGUCAAGAGAACCGCUAGACUGUGGGGGAGCAGUCAGGGAGUUCUCUAGGGAAUGGCUAAACACUAUGCCGAACAGGCAAGCCUCAAGAGAUCGGACGGACACACUGCCAAGUCGAGACCCUUCUCGAGAACAGCUGGAUCUGCUUUCCAGGAAGCAGCCUCUGAGGGAGCAGCUGGCAACAGCUAGGCAGACGUCGAGAGAGCAGCUGGACUUUUUAUCCAGAAGAUCUAAUUCCAGAGAGCAUCUGGACAUAGUGCCUGGCAGGCAGGCUUCCCGGGAAAACCUGGAGCCUCUUUCCAGACAGCAGCCUUCCAGGGAAAACCUUGAACUCCUCUCCAGGAGGCUCCCUUCUAGAGAAAAUCUAGAAGCCAUCCCCAGCCGUCACCCCUCCACAGAGCAAUUAGAUAUCCUUUCUUCCAUCCUAGCAUCUUUUAACUCCUCUGUCCUGUCCUCUGUGCAAUCAUCCAGCACGCCCUCAGGCCCACAGACCACACCCACACCUUCCGCGGCCCAGACUUCCUCGACACCGUCCAUGCCGUGCCCUUCACCACCUCGCUCUGCAACAUCCCACAGUAUUUCCGAGCUCUCGCCAGACUCAGAGUAAGUGGCUUCCUUUCUGAGGGGGCAUUUCCCCCCUCCUUGGUCCAAUUCAUGUUGCCUGUGACCUAUCAAGUAAGGUGGGUGAAGUUAGAAAUGUGGAUCUCUUUGUUGAAGAGAAAACAGCUGAACGAGAGAAAAUCUUGAUUCAGGGGUGGAGAAGGUAUUCGCAUUUCAGGAAGGGUUGUGAUUUUCUUGCCCUGAACUAGGUGCUUAGGAUUCACCACCACUCAGUGUGGUCUAAAAGCCCCAUCAGUUGCAGGACUGAGCUGAAAAUUCUCGCUGGAGAAGUUUUGGCUGAAAAUUGGGAAGCAGUCAGGAAGUUGGAAAAUUGUGCAGAAUUGCUGGCAUAAUCUGGGGAGGGGGGCACAUUUCCUUAAACUCAUAUACGCAGUUCGUUCUGAACAGAGAUGUUCUGUUUUUAGGAGUCUUAAGAAAGGAGUGUCCAUCUUAAUUAUAUCUUUCCUUUCUUCCCAUCCCCCCUGCAAAGAAUAACAAGAAGUGAAGGUCAUUCCUGAGGGGUCCAGCUGCUGUGAGAACAAAGGAAGAAGCAGGAAUGGAUGCUGGGGCCAGGCACUUCCAGCAGAGGAUUGGGAAUCCCUCAGGGCACCUACCACGGAAGGACUGAGGCUGACUGGGGGCCCAGAUCAACCACGUGGAGAACUCGUGGGCUGAGAGUCAGGCAAGACCUGGCUGUGGAAGAAAGGUGUCUUUGAAGGGGGGGGUACCUCUGUGCCACACUGGCCACUCUCCCUGCUCCGAGGGAAUGAGGUGGGG